AGAAUCGGAGGGGGAGCAGGCAAAGUGCGCGCCUACGAGACUGCGCGUCGCAAGGAGGGGGAGAGGUCCAGCUGCAAAAAAAACGGAAGAAAAAAAAAUACGCCGUGACAAUGGUAACAUCAAGCAUCUCGUAAAAGGUAGAUAAGAGGCGAGGAGGCGCCGCGGAUCGGGAGUUUGAGAGGCGACGGCCCCUGUUUGUCCCGAGAAAAGAGGCGAUAUUAGGACAUGCUGGCUGCCCGAUAGCGCGUUUCCUGGAAUACGAAUUCUUCCGUAAUUGAAAAUGGAGCGGCGGGGGAGAGGAGAGUCGCGCUGUCUCCAUCAUUGAGAGGCGCGUCCACCUGCUAUCACUGGAGGCCCGGGCUGCUGCUGCUGCUGCUGCUGGUGGUGGUGGUGGUGGCGGCGGGGAGAGGAGGGAGGGAGGGUGGGGGGGACAUGCUGGGGAAGUGUUUGCAUUUCGGGGGAAAGACGCAGCUCUGAUACUGUCCGAAGCGGCUGAGGAGGAUCCCAUUGCGGCGGGGGAAAAACGCAGUUUGGGCGCAGACGCUCCGGAGGUAGGCAGUGAAAACGUUAUUAUGCUGCAGCUGCUGCUCCUCAGUGUGCCGUGUGUGUGUGCGAGAAUACAAGGAGCGAGCUCUUUUUUGGGUAUGCACAUGACAGCUUCAUUUCAACACACACUGAUUUAUCGAUAGUGGCGCUUCGCUUUGAUUUGAUCUGAUCGGACAUUUUUAUUCAAAGGGAGAACACGUUACAGCAUGCGGUGUAGUAGCUGCCCUGCCUCCUCGGGACAGCUGUCGUAGCCUACAUUCAUUCGUCUCUGCUUCAUCGAUUACCCGUUCCCUGCGAAAAAUACCCCUACUUCUUUACAGCACAGGCGGUGACUUUUUCGCUUUAGGCUCCCCAAUUAAACCCGAACACAGAUGCCACGUGUGGUUGUUCAUAUUGAGGCACUGUUUUUAUGUUUGGGAAGGCAAACAGUGGCCUGUGUGUGUGGACGUCAUUUUGAAUCAACGUUAUGUGCAUCCCGAGCAGUGCUGCCCCAAAAAUGAAUAUGAAAUGAAUAAAAGAAGGAUAAUCCAUAGUCCAAACUAUUGAAUAAUUUAUGAAUGGGCUAUAGAAACCCAGUGGGAUAACAUAUCAUCAUACAGCUAGGCCCCUCCAAUGUGAUAGUGAAUAAAUGAUUCAGAAAUAAGCACAGAUGUAUCCAAAUUGGCCUAAACAUCAAGAUAGUAAAGCACGCACAGGUGCAGAGAGCCAUUUAUGAAUGCCUGCACUGUCCGGUCACUAGAUCAGUAGCUUACUGUGUCUGUGCUCUCUUUAAAGGAUGCCUCAUCAUGACAGAUGUUUACUGGAUGUCCCAGGCAGCCACAAUGCGAGCCAGACAAGCCCUGUAUGCUGGAGAAUAAUGAGCUGCAGCCCCUAAUAAUGUCAGCCUCUGUGCUCUGAUGCUGUGGAGGUGUUAGGAUCAGUUGUUAACUUUGUUUUUGGAUGGGUUUAAUUGGAUUUAAUUUAAAUGAGCAGGGGAUUUCCUUGGCUGGUGUUUAUUGGAAAGCUUGUAAAAUGGGGUUUUCAAAAUAUGAAACUGGUGUCACUAUUAAUGUUCUCAGCAUACAGACAUUGUCUCCCUGAGAUGACUUUGUCCAUUUAUGUAUAGCUUUGUUUUGUGCUGUUUGAGUUUGAAUUUGAGUACAUGCUUGAAAAUGUAAAUUGAAAUUAUUAUGGUGUCUUUGGGAACCUGAAGUUUUGUCUAUGUUUGAUAGUUUCCUCAAAACCCCAAAUCAUCCCGAACCUCUUGUAGAUAGUUGUAGUGGACUUUGAAGUCUGCAUUUAUGUCCGUGUUUGAAGAUUUGCUGAAAUAAGAAAGCGUGAACCUUCCAGAACUUUGUGCCUGAAUUUGGGUCCCUGUCUGUUCAUUUGCUUAAACACAGAAACUUUCAGUCUGCAUUUUGGUUCCUGUUUAAUCAUUUGCCAAGAAAAUUACAUUCUAUGUGAGAUUCAUGAGGGAAAGGAAGACAAUUUGUCGUAAACCUUUGUCCAGUCUGCAUUUGUGUGGAACAAAACGUGCUGACACACUCUGGGACAAGUUACUUUUGGCAUAUUUUUGAAAACUUAGUCUGCAUUUGUGUCCCUAUUGGAAGAUUUGCUUUAAAACAACAUGUAGUUUGAAACUCAUUGGAGUGUGCGGCCUGCAUUUUUGGUUCUUGUUGGAUGGUUGCAUGAAAAACAGAGUGUAAUGUGAAAGUCAUUGAAAGCUGUUAGUAAAAUGCCUGUCUCUGCCCUCUAAUGUGAAGACAGCAGUGUAAACCAGAUGGAAGGCCAUGCAUUGAUUGAGUCAAAGAGAGUCCAUAAGACAACCAAAUUGAGUUGACAUGUUGAUGGGGGAGUCAUUAUCAUGCGUUACCAUGUGUGCUGUCACACCAAAGGGUCUGAGGCCAUGUGACGUGUAGAAGGAGCCUUCUUGCCCUAUCCUUGUUUUGAUAUGAUAGCUGUCAAAACCAACAGGUGCUGUUAUCUUGAACAUUGUCUUCAUUCUGUGAUGUCCCACUGUGGUUUGUCGUCCUCUUAUACUUUGACAUACAACAUUGCAGCGUAUGUGCCAUUCUCUGUUCACUUGAAAUCUGGUGAGAAAUUGAGCCCAAAGACACAUUUCAACACCAUGGCUCAGCUCCACUGUAGCAAGGACAACGCUGGAAGGUUUUUCUGGAAAUGGGUUUAAAAUGCUAUCCGAGCGUUGCUGCAAUAAAAACCAGCAGCUUGUGUACAUAGCCUCUUAUCUUCCCCUGCCCAUGUGUGCUCUGUGGCUUCUCUUCUGCUUCAGCCUUAGGCACAUGUGUUGGGCCUCUACUACAACCAUGUCUGUACAGUGGGAAAGCGUUUCGGUUAUACAGAAUGUACUGAUCCUCAUCAAUUGCCCAUUUUUUAACCAUGUGGAGCGGUUAUUCGCAAAUCCAGAAUCCAGUUUUUAUUCAGACUUGGUUUUCUAAUCUCUUUAAGGCAGAAUAAAGAAGGAUGAGGAACCUUCUGUAACACAGAUGUUUGCUCAUAUGAUUGACUUUUUUGUGGUUGAAAGGUUCGAGCAUGUACUGCAAGUUCUGGCUUCCAUAAAAAGGUUACAACACCUCAUUAAGCGCAUAGACAGGGCUUUCCCUGCCUAUACAGAGCCCUGCUGUGAUUUUUAUGUCUGCAGUUUCCCCUGCACAUUGUAUCACUACAUUAUGGGAACACCUUGGCUCUGUCCCAGUCUUUGCAGAAGCAUGCUGAGCCCAUCAGGACCGUCUGUAGAUUUAAUGUCAGGUCACUGUAUGCAGAGGCCCGCUGCGUCAACCCAAGCCCCUGCGUUUUGGUCUGUGACAUGCUGGCUGUGGCCCAGCAGAGGCACUCGUUCUCUGUGCUGCUUGUGCUGCUGAGUUCUGUAAUUAAAGACAGAGGUAAGUCCAGGGGAGAAGGCUGGGCUCUGAUUGCUUUUCAUGGCCGCGAGCAGAGAGCUGCAGCGUGUCCUGAGGGACUGAGGCGCUGUUGAGCUCUUUGCUGCUUGCUCUAUUCACCCCCCCACCCCCCGCCCCCCUUCCAACUGGAGCUGUUUCAGGAGGAGACACACAUAUACACACACUCACAUUUGUAGUCACAGGCUACUGGCAUACUCAUGCACUCGCACGUAAACAAACACAUUCUCUUGCACACGGAAACACGAAGUGGCUGAGUGAGGCAAAAAUUACAUCUGUAGCUGACAGGCAAACUGUGCUAAUCUACUUUAAAGAAUGGCCCGUUUUUAGCAAAUGUGUGUCAGUACGAGGCAUGAAGUGCUGAGGCAAAACUGUUACAGUGCAGUCAUGUAAAGCUUUGAUAACAGCGUGAUCAGGAAGACAUUAGGGAUCUCUGUUUUGAUUGGCUGCUGGUUAAGCAUUGACAGAGGAGUUUAGAUGUGAUUGAGCAGGGUGUAAAUGUGAGCAGAGGUUGUCUUGGACCAGUGCUCUGCAGGGGUAGCUGUACCUCUCCCCCACCUCUCCCCCCCUUUCCCCUCCAAACUGAGGAAGGCUUCUCUGCACUGUGAGGGCUUGGCAGACAUGGACAUGCUCACACACACAGGACCUGGGUGGGCCUCAGCACUUUUAGAGGAAAAAAAAAAACAGCCUCCACUUCCCUUUUUUCUCUAGCUUCAUUCAUUUCAGUCGGCUGGAUAAAGCACACUGAAACCAUCACAUGCCUUACAAGUCCUAUCAGAGAGAUUCCUGUGGACAAGGAUUGAGGUCCCCCCAAAAAAGAGGAAAGCUCUUGGAUGCUGUUUGAUUGCCUUGUCCGGUGUUCAUGAAUUAGUUCUGCCAGGAUAAUUAAAGUAAUGCAUCAGGAUUUCUGUCAUUUACAAAUAAAAGUCCAAUUAAACCAGGCUCUGUUAAACUACUUUUCUGCGUUGUCUACUUGACAACGUGUAGGCUGGUGGUGGCCACUGGGACUGUGAGCAUCUGGGCUUGACGUUUCAUAGCUCAUUUCCUGCUUCCACAUCAGACCCAUUAUACAGAACCCCACGUAUUAUUACAGAUGGAUAGAUAAUGUGAAAUUUCCCCUGUUCCUCUUUCGCUUGCACUCUCCUGGGCCCCCUUGUGUUCCAACUCAUGGGACUUGCGGAGCAGAUAGCGCAAUUUUGACACAGGGAAAUAUGAGAAGGAGACGCCAUGAAGAGGAGGGGAUUUAGUGCAGUGGACACAGGUGCACUGACAUGAAUGGUGUGAAAGCGACAUAUUCACAACAUGACUCGGGAGGGAGGAAGCUAUAUGACGGGGCUGGAUUUUAAUUGGUUUCACACAGUGUGCUCCCAUGCAUUGUUCCUUUUGUAAUGGCACACACAGUGACAAUAACAUCUCUGCUUUUUUUGUUAUAUAAUAACCUUAAUAGAUUCAUCCUCUCUUGUCGAAUUUGAACUUUAUUUUUAUCCCUCUUGAAGCUGUGUAUCCAUGUUCUGCUGGAUGUAUGUGCUGUUUGCAUCCUGAAUGCCGGGAUAAAAAGCCACCUUCAUUAGCCUUAUCUUUGAUAUGGUGCAUGGAAAAAAAAAGAGGGAAGGGAGAUGAAAAAAAAAAAAAAACGUGGAUGAUGAGAAAAGAAGCAACACAUAGGAAAGGAUGUAUACUGUGAGAGAGGAGAAAGCAGAGGAGCCGCAGAGAAGAGGGGGGUUGGACAUGGUGGGAAGAUUAGAGGAAAAGCACUGGACAGACGGAGGGAGAGAGGGGACAGAAAAAAGGGAGAGACAUAGUUACUGUUGGUGGUGGGGGUUCAGGGUGCGUCCUUCCAGCACCGCCAGUUGGAACAAACAAACGACCGUGAGACAGACAGACAGAGCGGUUUCUAAUGGGAGAGAAGCUCGCUGUGCCCUGGAUGUUUCCCUGCACCUUUCAUUUUCUAAAUGCUGUUUUGUCUGUUCACCACUUAACAAGGCAGCAGAGCCUCAGAAAGGAACCACGCUUUAUUUGCUGCUGUACAUAAUUACCAGCCAUUCAAGACAGGCUUGUUUUCUACUCUAAACGAUGUUGUGAAUUUAUGUGCAAAUACCAGACAGGCUAUAUUUUGCUGCAAAUCUUUUCAAAGCAUACAAGUUGAGUGUUUGAAAUCUAUUACAUCGCUUGUGUUGGGCCUAUGAUUCGUUGUAAUUCAUUUCACUUUAAUUGUGCUGCUGUUUGUGGAGACUGCGCCAUUCGUGCCCUAAUCAAACAUUAGUGAUAAUUGAAUGGAAUGGCUGUUUCAUCACACGUUGCGGUUGAUGCAGAGUGUGGGGAUGACAAAAGCCUGUUGAGCAGAUGCAAUAGACUUCCUGUCAGAUACAGUCAGCUGACGAUUGGCGCUUUACCUUCCAUUUACCACUGAGCGCCCGAGGCAAAGCAUAAUCCAUGCAUGACACAUCUGAGCAGAAGUCAAAUGAGAAAUGUUUUUGAAUAUCUAAGCACCCAAGAUUGUGAAUUGAAUUGCAUACAUGAAUUUCAAGUUGGAUUUGACCCUGAUCUGUUGCAUGAUGUUGCUGAUGAUACAACAGCAUGACUGCUAUUCUACUACGGGUAAUAAUUAUAAUCAUUCACAGCUAGUGGUCCUUGUCACAGGAGUGGGGCACAAUGGAAAUAAUAAUUAGGACUUCUCAUUUCUCAUGCGUCGCAGAUGAGUGCAUGAAGUGUGCACUGUCUGUCUUUGGCUUGUAGGAUGUACAGCUGUGUGUUUUCCUGCUUAUUUAUGUGUUAGCCUCACGCCCCGGUAAGAUACUCUGCUGGCUCUGAGUUUUGCUGCAGCUGUUUGACUCCUGUUUUGCCAACCUCACACAGACAGACAUUUGUUUUGCAUUAUGACACUGACCCAGUCUUUGCUGUCAUAAAGAAGCAGCUAAUUGUAGCAUAAAGAGACAUGAAGGGCCAGGGUGCCUGCUUUACCCCCUGACAGCAACACUCACUGAUAUGCUGAAACUCUGUCAUGCACAAAUACACAUUUUUCAACUCACUAUCUCUCAGUGCUCUUCUAACCCAUUUCCCCAAGUCAUCAUUCAGCGGCACUGUCAGAAUACAGCCCGCAUAUAUCACAGCGGAGCCACUAAAACGCUCUCCAGAAGGAGUCAAAUAUGCACCUCAGCGUAGCCGCCGCUGAUAAAAGAGCUAAUUCAUCAUUUAGUCACACAAAGCCUCAGAGAUUCUUUGUAGUAUCUUGUGUACUGCUGGAAUCCAGCAGAUCUGGAUUUUGCUGAAUAAUUUCCAGGCUGUCCGUGUUUGUUUCAGUUUUUGUUCUUGAGAGUAUUAAGAUUUGUUCUUGUUUGAAUCACAGCAUUUUUUAUUUAUGAAUGUAUGUCCCUUUUUCAUUUUGGUACUGUCAAAUGAGUUUGUGUUCGGCUGAUUCAAUGCUAACAAGGAUGGAGAAAAAAGAGGGCAAGAGUUUUUAAAUCCACUCAAGUGUCAUCGGGCUUAGACGUGAACCUCUUUGAACUCUUUGGCUGUCUGUUUUUUAAGACUUGGUGAGAUCCUUGACAUGUUUACAUCAUUUCUUAACAUUUUUUUUAAUUUGAGCUGUUUUUAAUUCAAGUACAUCUCUUGUUCAGGCACUCUGUAAUAGAUUUAAGGCUGAAAUUGUAAGUUAAUCAAUUAAAGCUCCUAUGAGCAGACUGAAAUUCUCACUGAUGCCUGUCUGUUACACACAAAAGCAAAUAAAACCACCAGGGACAAGAAUUACUAUUUAUAUUUUUCAUUUUUUAAAAAGUAAAAAAAAACAAAAAAAAAAAAACAGUUUGUGGGGGUAGGUAUAAGCGCAGCAGCUGAGGAAACAGUCCUGUUUUACAACUGUCACUUGAAAAAAAUCAUUGUAAAUUAUAUAUUAGACCAUCAAAGUCAGGAGUAUAAGAUUCUUUUAUCAAAGGGCUCUACUACAGCCUGUAGAGGACAAAAUGAGCUGAGAAUACUCUCUCGAAAUUCACUUGGUCUUAAAGUUCCCAACAGGAGAUUUAAUUGCUAAAUCCAAAAAAAGGACUCCUUUCGUUCCCCAAGCAUACAUGUCACAGGGAUCAAAAAUGUCAAGUUUUAUGAGGCUUUGGACAAAACAAGCAAUCUGAAAUAUCUUUUGGAUAUACCCAGGGUCUGGAUUUCCAGCUUGGAAAAUGUUUGUUUUCCAUUUGUAUGUUUGUUGUCUGACACGUCUCCACAGGCUUUGGUGUCUGCAAAGAAAAACAGUCCAUAUGGAGAGCAAAAGCAAGCAGAGUACCAGCCAUCAUAAUGACAUCCCAGCUCCUACCAGCUGUAAACUAAGGACAAUUAAUUCAUCUCUCUAAACUGAUUUCUGUUUGUAAGUGCAGAGCACAAUCUCUUAUAGAGCAAAUGUUUCAACUUGAGGGACAAAUUGCCAUGAUGCUGCAUUACAAAAGCCAACCAGUCUCUCCUUAAACACUUCAGAAAUGGUCUUCCACCAUUCAACAAACAACCGCUCUGACAGUGAGUACAUCACAUGAGAAGUGAGCUAGAGCGAAGCCUUGGUGCGACUCGAUGUCUACCAUUGAACUGAAACUUACUCAGCGAUACUACAGGAAUGUGAUGGGCCAUACCAAGAGGUCACCGUGUGUAUUUUGUAGGAAUAAAGGCAGCUUGCAAGAAAGUCUUGGCAGCCAAUUGUUUAAAGGUACAGUUUGUAGAAUUAAGCGGCAUUUCACAGAACAGACUUGGUGAACAAAACAUGAUAUUUCUAAGUAUUAUAACAGAUCAAAUUAGUCUACAAUCAUCCGAAUAUAAAUUUUUGUUGUGUUUUUUGUUAUCUUAAAAUAAGCUUUAUACAAAGGUGGUGGGCACUCCUCCAUGAAGGCGGCCAUAUUGCACUGCUAUGUUUCAAGGUUUAGUGAGUAGCAAAAUGAAAGGCACAGACAUACAGUAGUUGCCAAGUCUGCUUAUUAUAAGCCUCUUUGGGCUUGUUUUUCUCAGAAGUUGCUUGUAAAACUCAUGAGUCGCAGGCUGCAUUUUUUGGGGGCUUUUUUUAACUUGUAGUUGCUUAUUUGAGCUUGCUUUUCUGUCUGCAUGAACCCCCCCUGGUUAUCUCACAGCUCCCCAUGAAAGCAGAGCAAAGUGCAAGAAUGGUAGGUAGUUUGUCCUUUCCAGACCACCGUUUCCUAAAUCGCGCCCGCUCGAGUACUCGGCACACCCCCAAACACACUCACACACAGUGCAUCAUGCUCAUGUACGCCAGAGCCAAGAGUGGCAGAGAAACACUGUCACCAAUUCAGUGACCAUGUUGUUAGAUUUAGAGAUUUUUUAGACCCCCCUCGCAACUUAUUUUCAAAAGCGCCUAGCGACUUUUUAGCAAGUUUGGAGACACUGACAUAACAGCAGGUAUCAAUGUUACUCUUCUCAACAUGUAGCGGGUGUGCAUCAUAAACAAACAAACACAUGCAGACACCCUUAGGAAGUUAUUUACUCAAGUUAUUCAAAGAACUUAUGUUAUCCAAAGUUUUUAUGUUAACUGUGUUUAUCAGAAUUUUUCCAUUGCUUAUGCAUAAUGUAAUAAUAAUUGUAUAUAUUUUCACCAUUAACAAGCGGCUCCUGUUUUACACAAUGUGGCGGGUUCCCUAUUGAACUUGUUUUUAUAGAGCUGGUUGCUUGUUUCUCUCAGGGGAUCUGGCAACACUGGGCACAGAGUGAAUUAGUAGUGAUAGACAUUUUUGGUGAGAAAAACUUGGAUAAAUUGGAGAAUAAUGUCACUGAAGUGUCUUGUCUUCUAAAGCCACUAUAUGCCUCACCAGUGGGAGGGUUGAGCAGGGGAGUUUUUCAAUCUAGAGUCUGACUACUAAAUGUUUCCCUUUCUACACACUACACACUAACGCUGGCUGCUGACUCCACCAGAAUUAUGAGAGACAUCAGCAUUUAUUAUAUUACCUGCCAUUGCAAUACAAUGAUAGGGGGUGACUGCUGAUUGGUUCCAUUAUUGUUGCAGUUGUUAUCUCAUGAAUUAAAAUGAUGGAAUGAUCAAAAACAGCUGUUAACUAAUGAAUGAUUAAUCCAAAUAACUUUACACAUAACAGUAAGUUUGUGUGGUUUGUAGGACAGAACUUGUACAUCUAUGAUCAGAAUUUCAAAUUCAGCCUUUUUGAAAAACAUUUUGAGGAUAAUUCCCCUUUUCAAUUUCAAGGAGAAAUAUGCACAUAUAAUCUUUGAUAUUAGCUCACUUAAAAAGUGGAUAAUUUAUCUGCUGCCUCUUACUCAUGCUGUCCAGUAAUCUCUACAAUUUCCUGUGUGAGCAUCAUUGUAAUUCUCAGGAUCCAGAAAUGCUCUGUCAGUGAUAGCUAAAUACUCUCGCAGUAGAGGAACACCAGGUAUUUCCCUUUUAUAUUCAAAUGACGUUGUGUAUAACUGGAUCCUUUGAGAUCUGUCUCUGGGGUGUGUAUAUACUGUAUGCUUGUGCAUCAGCACUCUUUUUUUCUGCCUUUUGUGCUAUUUGGGAUUGGCUUGUGGUUUAUUUAUUCUGAUAAUUCCAUUGAGAGAAACUCUUUGUCAUGGGGGAACUAUAGUGUGGAGCCUGUGUGCACACUUUACAGCUAUAUGAUUUUAAUAGGUUUAACACUAGCUAUCAAAGAUGUGCACUGCUGCAGUGUGUGGACUCCAGUGAUGAGGCCUCUGGAGAGGUAGAGGGAGGUAUAUAGUGUUUGUGUGUGAUGCUGUGUGUGUAUAAAUUAUCUGUUUCAGGGGCAGCCAGUGCUUACAGAGGCCCUCUGUGCUGACUGUUAAUCCCCAGGUGCAUGGAGUCCACCUGGACUCUGCAACCUGACAGAAAAUUAGCAACAAGAAACCUCCGUCCUUCUCUUGCCCUUAUUCUCUUACAAACCCAUGUACAACUGUGGAGACAGGAGUAAAGGCGAUGCCAGGGUGCCAGCUAAAAAUAUGAAUGAGUAUGUGCUCUGUAUGUGCCCCUGAGUAUUUUUUUUUUUCAUGUGGAUGUUUGUUUUUGUUAGUGCACCAGCAGUUCUGCAUUCAUACAAUAACACAAUUAUUGUGUUUUUUUUUCAUCUUAUUCUGCACAAAAAUGAUAACGAGCCAACUCUGUUAUUUGGAUAGCACAGUGUGCCUACGAGGAACACAUAUUCACAGGACAAAGGCUCCAUUGUCGAGAGAAAAGUAAAACAUUUUGUUACAAUUUACACUUUGACUCCAUCUCUGGGGGCUUUAGGAAAUGUUAAUUUAAGCCCCCAUUAUAAAAUGUAUUUAAACCAGAGCAAGAAUUAAUUCCAUUAUUCUCAGUGGCAGCUGGGGUUUUCUGUAUCCGUCGAGACGGUUCUGCUGCUCCCUCCUGAGACCUGUGGGUUUUCCCAUCACUUUUAAAAUCAAUUACCUUUCUGCCUCCCUCCCCUCAGAUUCUUUCUGAGUACUCUCUUCAUAUUCUUCAUUAGGAAACCCACCACUUCACCUAUAGCUCAACACCAACACCUCAUCCCAAACUCUCAGUAUUUUAAGUGUUCCUGGUACAUUUGAGAGCUCUCUUAGAUUCAUUAAUACGUCUUAGGUAUAGCUCUUGGUCUGCACAGAUUGUUCUCUACCAGCUUUUUUUUUUCUUGCAGUAUCUAGACAAUGUCUCUGCCUUGGGUAUAAAUAGGAAGACAAUCUGUGGCUGGGUAAGACCUGUUAGCCCUGUGUGACACUAAAGCCACAACAAAGACUCUGCUGUACUGCUGCUGAGGAGCGGCUGCAGCCCUCAGGAGGGAUCAUGUUAUUCUCCCUUGUGCGCCAUCUCACAAACGUCUCAGCGCACUAACUGAGGGGAAUAAGCUUGGAUGGGCUUGACGGCUGCUUCCUAUUUUAGUCAUCGGCAGGUAGGCGGAUGAGUUGAACUGCGGAGGAUCUCUGUGCAGCGAAGUCUUCGUCUAAUUAGUUUGUCUAAUUAUGUCUUUGUGCUGGAAAUUUCUCAAAUUAGUGGUAUCGUGCAGAAUGUGAGCAUGCUCAUUAUGGUUGUCAUGAGAAUUGUUGCGGUGGCUGGAGAAAAGAAGAGAAAAGGAAGAGACAGAAAAAGAGUGUCACUAGAACCAGACGCCCUCCUCCGUCCAAAUCCCCUUCAUCGAACACAAAUAUCUUGUAGUAAGAGACACAGUGUCGAAUUCUGUCUGAGGAAUUUACUGGAAAAACAUUACUUUUGCAUUUGAGACUCUCAGCUCAGCAGCCUCCUUUCCUCCCUGUGCAGGGGGGAGGGGAGGGUGUGUGUGCACCUAUUUGUGGCAGACCACAAAAAGGUCCCCUUUGAUUUUCCCUCCUUGUGUGUCAGCUGCAAGAGUGUCACAGCAUCAGGGAUGUAAGUGUCUCACACAGAGACACUUUUUGAUUUUCCCUCCGUGCAAGGUGCCACCACAUCAGGGAUGAAGACCCCCCUUCCCUCCAGCCCAACACCUCCCUCCUCUUCCUCCUCCUCCUCCUCACCAUCACUCUCGACUCUACUCGGUCAAGCCCUUCCUUUCCGUCCCCUACCUCUCUCAUCUGCUUCUCCUCUUUCUUUACCAACUUUCUUCUUUUCUUCCUUCUUUCUCAGUGCUUCCCCUCCAUCCCUCUUUUCCUCUCCCUCUUUCCUCUUUUCCUUCCCCCACUCCUGGGCCUACAGUAAUUGGUAUUCCGAGUGGCAGCUGGGAUCCAUACAAACACGGCAGACAGAGAGAGAGAGAGAGAGAGAGAGAGGGAGAGAGAGGCUGAAUGUGUAUGUGUGCGUAAGAAGGAGAGAGAGAGAGAGAGAGACAUGGAGGCAGGGAGAAAGAGAAAGCCAGCAAGUCAAUACGCUGGUUCAUUAGAGCACUGAGUCACAGUGGCCGCUGCCUCGUUUGUUUGUGUUUGUCCAAUACUCUGUCUUAAGCAGAGCCCACCGCCUCGGUCUGCUCACACUGGCAAACCUGACAGCAACACACCCCAGGCCGCCUGGUCGCCUGUGAUAUGAGCUUUUCUGGGCCUGUGAGUAUUUGGACAUACCAGCUUAUGAAAUAAUUACCAAAUCAAUAGCUGUGAAUUAAGCCAAGCGUAGUCUCCUGAUUCUUACCAAUACAAGUCCAACUUCACAUCUAGAAGAGACACUGCCAGAAUGAGAACUGGCGCAAGCGUAUCUGUUUGUUAUUCCCUAAUCCGGCUGUGAUUGACUUAUAUUUUCCAUGACUAAUUAUAUGUCAGAGAUAUGUGGUGUUUUUUGACAGGAUUCACCGAGGUGUUGAUGAGACAUGCAGAGACAAAAAAAAAGCGGGUCUGUUUAUGGCGGUGAUGUAAAGAAGACAGGCCGGUUCUUUAAAAAGGAAGUUAGAGAGGAGAAAGACAGAGACAGAGAGGGAGAGAGACUCGGGACACAAAAAUAGGAUUCUGCAGUUAUUGAAAAAUAUGAAAGUGGAUGUUUCCAAAAAACAAGAGGGAGGAGUGUGCAGUCAGGGUGAGCUGAGAGCAGACCACUUGUCAGGAUAUUGAAAGAGAGAAGAGAGAAGAGAGGGAGGCAGGUUAAGAGAAAAAGGCUGAAAUGACCUGCUCCUCUCGUCCAGGCCUGUUUAUUUUGGAGGAAGUAGUAAUAUGACGGAGGCUUUGUGGUUGUCUGGCUGGGGCCGCUGGCUCCCAGGGCCCACAUGGUGCACAGUGACCUCUCAUUACCACUGCUUGAGGGAGCGUGAAACGGGGGAGAUCAGUCCAAAGGGCAGCUGUGUAGAUGCGCCUAACCUUUUAAACCAUCGGAAUACGUCAACCAUACAAAUAACUCAUUAACCUUAUCCAUUUAAAUGAAAAGAUUCUACUUUUACCCCUUCCUCCCCCCACUAUUAGAUUUGUUUAAUUGGCCAGUGCACGUGAUGAAAACGACGCGUCCCUUUGCAGUGCGGUGUGGUCAAAUCAAGCCAUACAACCGAGCACAGGGGAUUUGGCCCCCUUUGGCCCCGACACUUAACAAAGCUAGCUUAAGACUCUGGGGGAAGGGAGAGGAGGAAUGGAGGAUCGGGGAGUGAUAGCAUGUUAGCAUGUGUGUGAGUGUGUUGUUUAGGAAGCGGCCUCCGGCUCUGUCCAGCAGCACAGGAGGGCAUUGAUUGGAGGAGCUCAAUAGCUGGGGCCUUUUAAUCACCUCGCUCAGAGGCUGCAUUGUCCCACAGGCCUGGAGAAUAAGCGCUGCUAAUACCCCUGUGCAUAUGCACACAGCCACGGGCUCCCAGGGCUCUGCAGCGCCUCACAGACCCACACAGUCGCUAAUCAAUAGGCCUGAUUACCUGCAGGGAGGCGGAGAGGGCUUUGUUCUCAUUUGUCCAGCGAAAAAAAAAAAGCUUGCCCCUUUUCCUGACAUCUUGCAAACCUCCCUUUCAUUAAGAUGCAAUAUGUUGUCGUUCAGAGACCACAACCCGAAAGCUCGUGUUAUUCUGAUGUGAAAUCUGAGAUGGCGUCAGAAGACUAAAUCCUUGUUCUUUGAGUCUGGAACAAUGUGCUGUUCUGACCCAGUUGUAAACAAAACAUUUAGACUUACACAUCAGGCAUCUAAAAAUGUCAUUUCUCUCACUCUCACUCUGUGUUCUGCACUCUGUCUUCUUCCCUCCUCUCUCUCUCGCUCUCUCUCCUCCUCCCUCAAUCUGUCUCUCUGCCUUCUUGGCUGUCAUAUCUCUUUAUACUGUUUAGAAAUGCUGUACAUUGUGUUACAGGGUUGUGACUGAUAGCCUGCCAAUUUCAGCUGUGGCACAUCAGAGAGGCUAACCCCCCCACACACACACAUACGCGCACCCCCCACCCCCCCCGAGCACAGAGAGACACAUUAAAGCUAUGACAGUGUGCCCCUUUUACUGCUCAAACACAACCUGAUUAAGUGUUUCACAGGAAAACAGUGUUUGACUCGUGAUCGGUAAAGGCUGUUGUGUUUUUUUUGCACGAGUGUCCUCCCUCCUGAUGUGGUUUGCGGCUUCACAAGAGUUUUUUGUUCUUGCUCAUCAGACUGAGUGAAAUCAUUUAUAUUUCUAUCUGUGCAGCUGAUCAACACAUCUCUAAGCCUGGAUUCAAAAACUAAUAACAUCAAUGACUUUACAGGAAAAACAAAUAUCAAACUAAGGCGGGUGCAUUAGAAUCCAAAGAUGACGAGCGAAGAUUGAGAUUCGAGUUUGUAGAUGUUCUGAAAGGCAGAGUCGAGCUGUUGUUUUGUCCCUCCAUGCCCUCCUCAUUACUAACCACCCUUCUCUGUCUCCUUCUCUCUCCUCAUCUCUUCUUUCUUGCACUUUUUUUUUCCUCCUCUGUGCACUUCCUUUCUUCUCCUUCUGUCCUUUCCUUCUGCCCCUCUCCCCUGCCCUCCCUCCCACCUGCCCCUGUCCUUUGGUUUUGAAGCCAAGUAAAAGGAGUCGCCUUCUGAAGCGACGGGGAAAUAAUUUGUGGAGCGGAGAACAAAGGGAAAUCUUUGCUGUGAGAGUAAUGGAAUGGAUUUUUGUGAUGCAGGGGGAAAAUGUCUUCUUUUGACACUCUCACUUUGAAAAAACAAAAGAUUUUACAGGAAAAAAAAGAGGAGUAUGCACGAGGGAUGAAAUAUACCCUCUUCUCUUGGUGACGAUUAUGAGACCUAGGGGAGUGACGUCACGUAUUGUAUUUUCUCGGGGUCAAAUCGGGAAAUUGAAGCCACGCCACAAGUUCAUGUAUUGACGUGAAAUUCCUUUAAGCCCUGGACAGACCUCCAUGCUCACGUAUUGAGCUGUUAUCAAUGAGCUGCUUUUGUCUGUGCUCCAGAGACGGUGGACGAAUUAUUGGGACAUUUAUUGUGUUGGACAAAAAAGGAAUUUUAGAAGGAACAAAUAUUUUUUUUCACUUAAUGUCAAACUGCAGAUCCUUUGUUGUCUCUCAUCACAUGAAGUCAUUUUUAUGUUUUCACCUGUGGAUAUCUUUGUAGCAGUAGAGUACAUGAAAGCUUUACAUCAUACCCGACAAAAAAGGCCCAGCAAAGGAAAUAUCUCCGCUUUUUACCUUCAUUACCUGAAUGUAUAACUCAGUCUGUGACCCUUCUUUAUCGUAAGCACCUUAAAGCAUGUCAGAAAUAUUACAAAAUACUACUUCUUGCUGGGUUUUUGCCUAUCUCCUGGGCCUUGUGGUGAUAAUGGCUGAGCUGUUCCAUUACGAAGACAGAAAAGAAAUGUUUGACACUUUGGGAACAAUUGAUUACACUCAGGAAGAAAAAAAGGCUAGUGAAAGUGAUUUAACCAGCAUUCAGUUUGUUCCCUGCCUCACAACCUUGAACAGGAAAGAAAAACAAAAAACAAAAAAAACAGUUGAAUGAUUUUGCAGAAAUUUUUGAUGCUGUUCUGCGGCAACACUGGCAUCAGCUCUAACAUCUUGUUCAGCUGUAGAAGUGUUUGGUCUGGUUUAAUUUAAGCAGCGGUUUGUCUCUGUCAUUAUCUGAGAGUAUUAUCUUCGGCUGCGUUCACCUUCUAGUUGAAUACGUCUGGUGUCAGGUAACACCUAAACACAUGAUUUCAUCAGAUGAGGGAUGAUGAAAGCAUCUCUGGCUAAAUUGAUAAGUAUUUUUGAUUUUUUCUAACCAAACCACGAACAACAAAGCGUCGAGAUGGACUACUGUACUCUCACUCUGAAUGUCUGACUUGAAUCUUUGUCCAAAUACGUGUUGUACUGGUUUGUAAACACGUGAAUGUUGGACAAAGCCAAACUAGCUGUUUCUCUGUGCCUUCAGUGUUUAUGCUGAGCUAAACUAAUCCUCUUCUAGCUUUGUGGUUCAUACAACAAAUAGAGUGGUAAUGCUAAUUUUUAAACCCUAACAGAGAAACAAAUAAAAAGAUUUGACAGAGUCAGCAAAAAUGUGAAAUUAUGAGAAAUUUAAUGGUUUAAUGCAAAUAUCUUAUGAAAGAUCACGGUUUUUCCAAGCUGUUUUUUGGUCUAUGCUUUCAGAUCACAGUGCACAGAAUUUGUACAUCUGUAGUUUUUAAGCUGGAGAACAAUAUGAGAAGGUCCAGCCAUGUUAAACUGGUUAAAAAUGGAAACAAUUAAACCACUCACAGUGAGUGAGUGUUGAAGUGAUUCAUAGUUAUACCUGUUCGAUAUGACCCCCCCUGCUGUUAAGCUGUAUGAAUGUGAGUCAUUUUAAAUAAUGAAAAUGCUCUCUCUCCUGUGGUUUGAAAUCAACUCUGACAAACUUUGGACGAUUUGUGAAGCUUACUUCAGGCCUCAAAGCGGACAGAGACUGUUAUCGGUGUAGCAGCAGCAGCAGCAGACGGGCAUCAGUCCUGCAGUAGUCCCUCCUCACUCUGGCUUUAUUCAUAAAAUUGAUGGAGGUGCACAGGAAUGACCUCAUCUCCCUUUCUGGUAGCUGCAAGAGUCCUCAUCCCUCAACUUUGCUGUCAGGUGAAACCGAAGAGUAUAUGAACUGAAGUGUCCUUUCGUCUCCAUUAAUUACACAGGUCUUUGUCGUAAAUGUUGCACUACCUUAUUUACAACUAAACAAAAGCCACUCAGCUUUAUAACAUAAGGCUACAUUUAUUGCAAUUAGUGCUGACGUACUGCCAGUCUAUGUUUAAAGGCUUACACAAUUACAUUAAGACCGAAAACUAUCUAAUCACAAUUAAUACAUGAUUUUAAAUCCAUUAGUGAGACAGCUGCAAUGAAUAUUUAAGCCUCUUGUUUGGAUUAAAUCUGAUUUGUAGUUUUUAGUGAAAGAAUGAUUGAGUCUUUUUUUUCUUGGAUUUUGGUGCAAUCAAUGACAAACAGUAGGCUCCUAAUUGCAUUAGUGUGCCGCAGACGCUGGCCCACCACGCUGCAGCAGUAAAGAAACCCAAUGCGAAUCAUGGCUGCAUAUUUUUCCUCAUGCCUGAACGUGAUCAGUUCAGUUUCAUCUGCAAGAAGUGUAAGAUUUUAUGUGGCAUUAGUUUUAAUGAAUUGGCUGCAGUCAGUUAGUGAAGGAGAUGUUUGGUCUGACAAAACAAACAGCAGUAGAUGAUGUAUCACAGAGUGCCUAAAAACAUCACAAUUUUGCACACAAAAGUUGAUGACAAAAAAGAAAGCCAAUAAAUUUCAUUUUAUGAAAUUAGUCUGUAGAGUCAUCACGUUUUUUUAAAGCUCUGAGCAGAUAUAAAAACGUUUUCCAUUGUUGCUCAGGAUUGAGCCAUCUUGCGUCUCUUUAUUUCUUUUUUAGCGUGGUAUUUUUUUUGUAGUGUGUUUGCCUCUGUGAGAUAGGACAGCUGAGACAGAAGAGAAGAGAAGUGAGAGAGAGAAAAUGUGGGGAGUAGAGAUCACUGGGAUACACACAGCAAAAUAUUGAGGACAGUCCUACCAGUGACUGCUGCAACAGGGAUUGUAGCAUCUGUACAUCGGGUUAUCUUAUAACCACCUGGCCAAAUGUGUCCCUCGUCUCUCGCCCUUACUGUCUCUGAGUUUGGCAUGUAAAACAGCAACAGAGGGGCAACAGGUAAACACAGCAAGGUAACCAGUUGUGUUAAAUACUUGAUUCUGAUUGGCAAGAGCAAUGCCAGGGACAAUAUCACAUGCCUCAAAUCAAAUCAAUCCAUGGACUUGAGUUGCAACAUAUUUUACUUCUGUGCAUUGACACUAAGGCAAAAUCACAAGUGUUGGUUAACAUGGUGUAUUGUCUGUAUGUUGGUUUUUUAUGAUACCUGCCUUAGGACAACGGAUGAAAUUUAGCAACUGUGCUAACUCCAGCAUAUUUACUUUGAUGCUUUUUGCUGAUAUUCUAGUCCAUGUGCAUUAUCCUUAUUAAAUAGAUAAAUAAAUGGUUUACAUUGUAUCAAAAAUGCCAGUUUCUAUUAGAAUGUUCAUAUGUUGGUGAAAAAACAUGGAUAUGUUAACAUUGGAUCAUGCACUGUAACCCUGAGCUGCAAUACUGCAGAGCUUGUGAGUGCAUCUAUAAGUAAGCAAGAAGCUGUGACAUUUGCCUUGUUUAUAUUUGAAGGUGUGUCUGAUACAAAGCUCAGAGAAGAAGAACUGAAAAAGUACAAAAGUCAACAUUUAUAAUAAAACUGUGAAAGGAACUAAAAGUAACAAAUAAUCAGGCAAAAGUUUUACUAUGACUUGACCGUGAAUUGAAAUAUUCAGUGUGUUACAUUGAUCUUCAUCAAGUAGAAAUGAAUAAGGACUGUCUGAAAAAACUAGUUUUGAUGAUCACAAUCAGUCUGAAAUAAUAAAAUAUUGAUGUCUGCUAAAAAUAAACAUAUGACAAUACUUUUGAGUUCAUGGUAGUGGUCCUUCACAUUGGCAGGGCACACGCCGUAGAAAAGGGAUGAGACAAAAAAGAAGCAGCAGAAGCUAGCAAGCUAGCUUGUAGCAGUUCUAUAUUUCCAGAGAUGAUCAGACAAUUCAGAAACUGUUGUUUAAAGACCUAAUGUGAAUCUAAAACAAAGUUGGUGUCUCUUCAGUUUACUGAUCAGUCCUGUUUUUUGAAUUGUUAUUUAUUCAGAUCCAAAACAUACAAUUUGCAGGGAGUAACUACUUCUUCAAAAUAAAAUAAAAAAAAGUUUUACCAUGCAGGAAAUAAAGCAACCUAAAUUCAAGACAGAAAAGCUAUCAAAACAAAAGCAUGCCAAACAAUCCUUUUAUGGAGCAGUGUCUUCUCUAAACAAGUGUCAGUCACUCGGCUGCUGAUGUGGAUAAAUCAUAAAUUUAGAAAGCCAUACAAAUGGACGUGCAACUCAAUUGUGUUCAUUGUAAAUAUUUAUGAAGCAAUGUGUUGCCCUUGCUUCUUCUUGGCUUCCCUCAGUUUGACUGAAAAUGUUGCAGAAUUACAAAGUUUCUAAAAAUACCACAGUGGUAUUGUUAUUGCGAUUCUUGUGAACUGAAAUCUGAUACUGUGACAGCCUUAAUAUGAACGCUAACUUCUGUGGAAUCAGAGGGAUUGUAUUUAAGAUAUGUAUAAAUUAAUCAUUUUAACUCCUUCGCUUGGUAGCCAAGUAAUAAGCAGGACGGUAUACAGUCUGGAGUCUUGUCUCACUCUGUCACAAUGUAAGUGGAAUCAUGAUGGCGAGAUUGAAACAUUUGUCACGUCUUCUGCACUAAGUGACUUAACAUUUGAGUCAUUGCCAAGAUCAACCUUAACAAAGUGCUAAUUAUUAUUGUUAUGGAGAUGAAGGCUCUCUGUCCCUGAAAGAAGCCUCUUUGACACAAGCACUUCUGGAAACUUCCAGAAAUUACUGAGACUUCUACUACCAAGUUUUCUGAAGUUGUUUCCACAUCUCUUACAGCAUGAAGUCGAGGAUGGUGGUUGGUGGGGGUCCGGAGAUGACAAAGGAGGGAGCAACAGAGCAGAUGCAUUAAUGACAGUCUUUGUAUUUAAAUCAAUACUUUGUACAAUCCGAAAGACGUGCAGAUGUCUUGACUGUUCAGGUCUUGAUUCUUCUUUUUCAACCCUGAAUAUUUUUAUUUAUACUCUUAUGUGUCAUACGGUUCCAAUUUCAUGAUAAAAACAAAAUAUGUCCUGCUGAUCACAUGCGCAGCCUCUUGCACAAAGCAAGGGGACUUGCCGGAAAAACUUUGGAAAAUAUCUGUUUUAAAAUCUCUGCUCCUUGCAAUUAAACAUGCCGUCUGUCUGGAAAACUUAACUUCAACCUUUUUUCCACUGACUAAUUCUUUGGAUCAGCAGAGAAACUUAUUUCAGCAAAAAAAUACAAAAAAAAGUAUUUGUUCUUCAGCUGUCAGGACAUCAGAUUUUUAGCUCAUGAUUAUUGUGGCCAUAAUAAAUCGCUAACAAUGAAAUCCCAGAGAAAGUGCCCUGUAACCAAAACUUCUUUGGAGAAGAUGCUGCAUCAUGAAAUUACAGUUUUUAAUGCUUUUAUUUUGAUAGUUUUAGUCUUGUCUUCAUUUCUUUCAUUGUAAAAUUUUGCUUUAAUUUUAAAGUAUACUACUUCUGGCAAAUUACUAAACUGAAUAGACACAGAAAAAAAGAAUGGUUAGAAAGUACCUCCCGGGAAUAAAAACCUGCAGAGGCACAAGCUCGUACAUGCUGCAUUUGAAAUCACAAUAAAUCCUAAAAGUCAGUUUGUAAGAGCAAAGCAUCAUCUCCUAGAGGGUUAACAGUUUGCUCACUAGCAGUUACUGCUCCUUCAAGACGUGUAUCAAACAGGGACAAGUACCAUUAUUAUGAACUCAUAGUAUUAUCCUAUAAUUAUUGGCACAAAAUCAUUUUUUACUUUCAGAGAAGGUUAUUAUUAAUUCUGGUAUAUUGCUACAUCCCUAACCUUAUUUCUGCCAAACUUAAAACACAGCUGUGAAAACUAUGCAUUUUCCAGUCAUUUGUAACAAGCAAAGUCCUUAGUUGUUAUGGAGGUCUUGUUUAACGUAUGAGAUGAUGAAACGAAAGAUGAAAUACUUCAUAUGUCUACCCGAAGCGACGCUUUGAGAGCAACUUACUCUUGUAAUUUCCUGUUGAGUUAUGGCGAUAAAAAGGUUGAUUUGAGAGGAGGAGAGGAAAGGCUGAAUUAUUCAAGAAUCUGCUUGUCAUUGAUGUCCUGUAAAAAUGAUGAAUCUGGUGAUAAGGUGGUUCUGAGUUUAUGAUUAAAUGUUCAUUUAUGGGUGGGGAUAAGAAAAUUCUCGUGCUUCAUUCACCUCCUUUGUGAGGAUUUGAAAAAACAUUGAUAGCAGGGCUGUUUUGCUUGGAAGUAAAUGCAGAGAUCUCUGCUCUAUGUUUGUGAAAUACGUACAUCAAACAUUCUUUGUCACUUGAGAAAUUAGCUUCAAGAAAAAAUAUCUUCUGUGCUGUUUCUUGAACCACUUUUCUCCUUUUCUCCAUGCACACACUCAUCAAGAUCCCACUGAUGGUGUUAUCACAGGAUGUUCAAUAUGUUUUUAUGCUAUGUUUUUCCACACUUAUUUGUCAUAGAAGCAGCCCUGGAGGGGGCAAGCUUGUCAUGUCCCUAAAAGAUCCCCCAGCAGCAUUCAGAAUAUUUCAUCUCAGCUGUCAUUUUCUCCUCAUCUCGCUCACAUCUCUGAGCAGCAGGACUGGCGACAUGAAAUAGAAGUCUGCCUGUGCAUACAGCCAUUAAUCAUUGGCCCGGAGGUAGUAAACACUCUCUGAUGGUCAUUAGAAAACAGUUCUAUUACAGAGGUUACUGUGUCUAGCGGUUAACCUUCUCCUCUUUGAUGUAUAGCGUAGGUUUUCAGGGGAGGAGGAGGAGGAGGAAGGGAGGACAAGGAGGAGGGGAGCAGCAUCUUCACCUAGGCUGGAAUGUCCCCCUUCAGCAGGGUUGUGCAAUCAUCGUGCAACCUUUUGUUUCCCUCCCCCUCUAUUGCUCCUCCUGCCCCCCCUACACCCACACCCCACACCACCAAUCACCCCCCCCCCACCUCCCUCCAUCCCUCCUGUCAUCUGAAAUGUGCCCUGCAUAAGUGGAGGCAGCUGCUUAAGUGCUGAAAAAGGGAGGAGAAGGGGAGAGUGGAAAGUGGAAGAAGGGAGGUAAAGGGCCAGAGAGGGAGAAAGAGAGAGAGAGAAAGUGAAGGAGAGAUUCUGACUCACAGUUAGCUUUGCUUUCCCUCCGUGAAUGCUGCAGCAUCUACUCCUCCCUUUGCACUCAAGGUCUCUUGCUCCUUCUCUUUCUUUCUCUUACACACAUAAUCAUGUACACACACACAGACACACUCUCUUUUGCAAGCAUAAAAAAGCUGUGUUUUAGUAUUUUACUUGAGGUCUCUGGGUUGUUGAAAAUAAUUUUGUACUGCGCCGCCUCAGUGCAUUAUUGACUUGAGAGGCUUUAUUGUCAUCGUGUUUUUUUGUUAUGAAAUUUUAAUGCGGACCCUCAUAAUUAGGGUGGCUCUAUUUGAUGCAGCUACCAGGCUUAUCUCUUGCUGCUGUGCUUUAGUGUUGGUGGUAGAAUACGCAGAGCCGCUGAUGCAAUACAAGAAAUAACACAUGGUUAGAAUAGUGACAAUUGUGUCCAUCAAUAAAAUGUCAGAUGAAAUGCUUCUGGAGCUUAAGGGCAAUUUGGCAAGGGGUUUGUGCCUGUAUCUUUAGUGCUCUUGUGGCAGUGGGCUUCAUAGCUAAAAGCACACUCCCCUGCAGUGGAAUUACAUAGCGCCGGUGACGCCAGAAAAAGCCCAGGGCUUUUAUCAGCUGUCAUUCACUCAGGAAGAGCUGGAUACAGGCGGCAAGGCCACCGCGGCACAGCACAGGACAAAAGCCUAAUACUGGGCUGUAAUUGUCAGGAAAAAGGGGCAUCGAACAAGGUCAGAGAGACGCAGAGUAAAGUCGAUGCACAGUGCCAACGACAAAACUGCACCGAAGCCUUGAUUUUGAUCAGCAAAUGCACUCUUAAAGAUAACACAUAUAAUACUCUCACAUCUCUCGUGGUGCUUGGAUCUUAAUGCAGGAGCUGGUGUCAGAUGUGUGUUAAGAUCUGUGGAGACAACUAGGUAAAAAAAAGGAUUCAACAUUGCCUGAACUCUAUAGUUAUGAUACAGGUAAUUCUUUGGUACAGCAGCCUUUGCAUAAGCCACAAUGUUGAAAAUAUCAAGUAAUAAUGUGAAUUGGUUAUUGGUUGAAGCUCUUCAGGUGUGAACUGAAGUUUAUACAGAUGCUAAUUUAUGACCUACCUCAGGAAACAGGAGCAGAAGUGACCAGACUAUUUCUAUGUAGUGUUUUUAUCAUCUAUAAUCAUUGCUGCAGGACGUAUCAGGCAACUUAAUGCUACUGUAUAUAGAAAAAGAUUUUGUGUACAUUUGAAUGACACAUUUGUCUGUUAAAGACAGCAGGAUGAGAAUCUUUGUGCAGAGUAAAAAUCCUGCUUUAACAUGUAAAAUCUGAAAAAAAGAUGAGCGGCCCCUUCGGCUACUGUUGGCACCAGAUUUAAAGUUCCCCUCGGGAGCUUUAAAGUAGUAGUGGAGAGUUGAAAGUGCGAGGGUAAUUUUAACUUUCAACGACUUAACCUUGUCCACCGUAGCACCCUGAUUUAUGACAGCCUUUUUAUGACAACGAUUGUCAGGCUGGAUGAGAUUGUCACUGUCAUUUUUCAGCAACUAGCUUUAUUAAUCAAUUCAAUAAAGGUGAUUUAUCAAAAGUGUAAAAUAUCGUUUGCAGAAGCACAAACACUUUAGGUUUUUUCCCGCUGGAAUCUAUCAUCAGUGUUUUAAGUAAACAUGUUAAAGCUCCUGUUAGCCAAUUACAGAUGGUUUUGAAACAAACUAAACAUAAUACUGAUACCUCUAUAUGACCUAAAAAAGCAAAAUGCAAUAUACUAAUGCUGCUGUGGCACCUUUACACAAAUUAUUAAAGGAACUAUAACUUUAUUAAGAAAGCGAGAUGAGAUGCUUUAUCAUUAAACAUUUCCUACACAUGGACAGGACAAGAUGGAUAAAGAAAUAAGAUGAACCACUUUGUGCACAGAGGUUGCUAAAAUCAACACAAACUGGAAGUUACUCACAGAUACUCAAACUCCUGUAUAUCAUUAUCCAUAAUAUCAAACUCAGCAUUUUUGCUCCAUUAUAAUACUGUUCUCCAUGUUGUUGUGAAAAGGAACAGGCUAUUUGGUACUUUGUUGUCACAAAAUUACACUUUCAAAUGAGGGUCUACCUCUACACUACUCAUAUGAUACAAUACACUCUGACACAUUACAUAUUAAUAGGAUAGGGUAUGAGUGGACAGGAUACAAUGGGCUAGUAUACAAAACAAUGAUAAUAAAAGAUACAAUGCUAAACAAUACAGUACAGUACAAUACAGUACAGAUAUGACUCAACACACACACACACUCACACACACUCACACACCCAAUCAUCGCAAUUAUAUGUUGCGUCAUUUUCUACUUUAAAGGGAUAGUGAGGGAUUUUUGAAGUGGGGUUGUAAGAGGUUCUAAUGAUUAUUGGGUUUGUGAUGCUAAGCUGUUCCCUGGUUUAAAGGGAUAUUCCGGCGUAAAAUUAAUUUAGGGUCAAACACACUGUAACACGGAGUUAGACACCCCCCCAAGAGAUGAAUCUUGCUUCUCUAGUUAUACCAACUUUAGUAACGACCGCAUGAUAGCAAUACACAGCGGUCUGAGGAGCCAUGAACAAACCUCAACCAAAAAGCCACUCUAUAGCCACAAAUAAUGCUCAGAACAGCACCUAACUUCAGCAACAGUACAAAAAGGGUCCCAGCUAUAGUACUAGCCACCAGACAUCUUUUUAGCUUUGCCUGAUUUCUUUAGCAAAGAGACUAAACACAACUCACCCACUUUCUUCCAGCAGCUGCAUGUUUGUAGCAAGAACUCAGGCCAGUCCAUUACUGACUACAGCGGGGUGACACAGCUCAAGGAAGAACAUUUAUGAUCAUUUCUUUAUCAUUUCCUUGAAGUAAUAAUCAUCAUAUUAAUAAUUUUGCACUGCAGACGGGGGAGUUUUCCAGCCUUAGCCUCUUGGUCUGAUUGCAUUUCCAUAGAGAAAUGAUCAGAAAUGUGUUUCUAAAAGUUGGUAUAACAAGAGAAGCAAGUGGUCAGGAACAUUCAUCUCUUGUCUAACUCGGUGUUGCGGUGUGUUUGACCCUAAAUUAAUUUUACAGUGUAGUUUAGUACGACAGCAGACUCUGGCUGGUAAGUGAUGUUGUCUUCAGCCGUAUGUGAUAUGCUUGUAUCCUGUAAUACUGUUGUUACCAGGUCCUUCUCAACAGCAAGCAGUUUAUGUGUUUGUGGGCAUAGGCUCAGAGUUUACACACCUGCACCACCAGGUAACUCCAGACCCCCUUUUGCUCGCAUUCAGCACAGUAAAUAGAGAACUUCACAUCUUAAAGGUUUCCUCUUGUGUCUGCAGCAAACGGCAUGUCAUCAUUGCAGUCAGAAUCACUCGUUUUAUGUUUGGUUGUAGCUCGUACUUCUAAAGUUGGAUAAAAUUAGCUAAAUUUGAGCGAGAGCUACCCCUGCCUAUUGUGGUUGAAAGCUUCCCUUACAGUUCUUCAGCUGCUUUCUCAACAAAGAGACUGAGUUGAUGGAUUUUUGAGGAGCAGUUUUUGCUGAAGACUGGAGAGGAGUGUAGGAUUGAAUUUUAUAUUAAUAUACAGAACUGUUGAUCUCUCGGAGAGCAUGAUUUACUGUCACAGAGGUACGUUUGACGAGAGCAGAAUGCAUGAAUGUGUCAUACAUGUUCGUCACAAGAUAAUGAACACGCACCUUACAUUUGACCUCUCUUGAAGCUGCUCUUCCAUAAAUACCUCAUGUGAACACGAGGAGAUGUUGCUGCAAAGUUAAGCACAUUUCCAACACUGUCAGGAACAGAUUAUCAGGAUCCCAUUUGAAAUGUCAAAUUUUACCGAUAUAUUGAAGAGAGAAAAACUUAAGUUCAGGGAAUCGACAUUAAUAAACAGUUGUGCAGUGAGUUGAAAGCAAAAUUCAUGUUUUCAAACCAAAGAGUGCAGCAAAAACUGAUUUUAUCCCCAAUGAAACACUGUGAAUAUCUCUAUGUAUGCAGCAUUACAUCCUAUGAAAAUAUAUGCCAUAAAUUAUGUCACAUAUAUUCGUACAUUUCACAACUGUUUCAUUGAAUUUGUGUCUUUGACUAAAGGUGAAUUUUACUGGACAUGCUAACAUUAGCAUUGAUGUUUUGACAGGUUAAGGCCAAUGUCUCUGACUGCAGCUUUAAACUGAAACACGUUAAAAGUGUGUGUACGAUUUUAUAUUGGAUGUUUUCUUCCCUCUUAAUUCUUAAUUCAUGUUUGUGAUCAAGGGGCAGGUCUUUGACAAUCAUCUGUUAAAUCAAUCAGGAAUAAAAUCCUGGAUGAAUGAAGAACUCGUUAAAUGUCAUUUUCUGUUUUCAUACAGUUUUGAAGAACCUACCAUUUUAUUUUGUGUCAGGCUAAGAGCAGGUAAAGAAGAAGAAAUCCAGUUUUUAAAGGCUAUUAAAGAAGUUCAAGCAAAAAUAAGUCACCUAGUUAAAAGUGAACACAGUAAUAAUUCCAGGUACCAACAACUGAGGCCUAAAAAUAUAGUAUUUGUGAUACUGAUGACUGAAGAUGAGUGCUAAACAACCUGAGAAUGGCUAGGAUCACACAGUGGUUGUGGGUGAGCCACAAAUUAUCAACAGGGAAGCUUCAAUUAAGUUUCAUGAUGACCCCCAAGGAUAGUCCAGGUUAAUACAUGCAACUUUAUUUGCAUGUAAAAUGCCAAAUUGUUGAAAACAGAGUAUUCUUUUGCAAUUUGAUCUCUGUAGCUGUGUUACUCAAAUGGUUAAAGAAGAUAAAUCUGCAUUCAUUGCAUCAACCUGAAUAAUUUAUCUGAAUAUGUAUUUGGAUCAUUGUCCCGUGCUCAGUAAAGCCAGCUAUUUCUCGUGGGGUUUAUAACAAAAAGAAAUCACCAUUUAAAUCAAGGUUUAAAAAACAACAUAUGGCUGCUCCCAUGUUGUAAGUUAAAGCUGUUUCAUGUAGCAGUACAAAAGGUUACUUUUCUGCUGUUAUAACAAUUUUAUUUUUAUGCUAGAAAACAUUGUGUUGGACAUAUGUGGGUAAUGUUGUUUGUCUUACUUGUUUGAUAUAUGUUAGGCUCCUAAUACUGCCCCAGGUUUGUAGAAAUGAGGGUUUUGGUUUUCUUGGAUCAGAUCUCCCAAAAUAAGUAUUUUAAUUAAGGAUUUACUUAUGCUGGGAAAUCUUAUAUUACUGAAAGCUUCGAUGGGAUCCUAAUGUGGUCUAAAUGUGCACAAAUAUUAUGACAGUAGCUCUGUAGCCUUUGGUAAGAAGGAGCAGAAAACCAUUGCAGGCAGAACGUGGACAAAGCUGAAUUUCAUGCUUGAACAGGGACCAAUAUUGCAGAACUUCAGAAGUGACUGUGCUGCAGCACAGCAGUUAACUCUGAAAUGAUAUUACAGCUAGAGCUAACUGGGCAGACCUUUCUACCUUGAAGCUUUUCAGAGCUGCUGUUUUCUAGUUAUCCCUGACCUGUGAUGUUAUGAGUCACUAAGUAGUGCAGCUGCUAGUGGCAAACUUGGCCUGCUUGCAGGUUUCUGGAUACACUCAUGUACAGUAUGUGCCUUUUUUUAUUUUACAAGCAAUAUGAAUCUGUUUUAUUUUUAUGUGUUUGUGUGAUAUAAUUUCAGUGGCAAUUACUCAUAAAAUACACACCUACUCACUGACACGCCCUUUGUAAACACAACCUCAACCGCGUUGUGGCAACUCAUGCCCAGUCACAAUGAAAAUGUAAUUUCUGACUGAGAUGCUGAAGAUAGACCGAUAAGGACACAGGAUCGUUAACCUGAUUUAAUAAUGCUUUUCAUCUGCACAAUUCCCUCUUUGAAAUAAAAUGUAUUCACUUGGCAUUUAUAUAAUCAAAGCAGACUGAUCAACACGGGAGGCCUGAAACAGAAACAUGUCCAUGUUCUCAGAGACCAACGAGAACAAACAAAGACAACAAUAAUCUACAAACAACCACAAGUUUUCUUUCCCAGUUUGAUGUUUCAUUUUGACUUUCACGCUGCUUCUUUCAAGUUCGUCCUUGUUUGUUCUUUUUCACACUCAAGACAUUUUUGUCUCAGUCCCUGUAACAGACUGAUUUACUCAAUUUUAAAACACCUGUCUGCUAAGAAUAAAUUCUGGUCAGGUUACUACAGUUUGCUAAGGUGUUGAUCUCUCUCGGUUCAAUUAGAUCAUUACAUCAGUGAAAUGGGUUUUUCGUUGUUUUUCUUUUUUAUAUGCCUGCGAGCCAGUUCCUCACAGGAAAGCGCAGCCGUUUCCCCUCCUGCUUUUCUUUCAGGUAAAUCAUAAACAAAAUGCAGAGUGCAAAAGGAAUGAUGCAAAAUGAAAAUUAACAGUCAAACUGCCUCACAUGUUUCUUUUCUGGUACAGCAACAGACAGACGAGUUUUGUUUUUUUUUCCAUGAGACUUACAGUAUACUGAUCUCACUACGUCUGCUAUUACUACCACCAUGAAAGAACAGUUUUCAAAAUUUGUUUCUUUUGUUGCGGCACAGUGCAUUACUGCCACAUUGACAGCACCAGUGACAGAAGAUUCUCAGCAUUGUUUUCAGUUUCAGCACCACCUCCAGUACUUACAGAGUAGAUUCAAAAAUGUGAGACAGGCUAUAUCUACAAGAACAUGAAACUACUGAAAAAAAAACUACGGUUGAGGCUUUGUAAUAGCAGAACAGCGGUGUUGGAAAAUAUUUUAUGGUGGAGAGUCAGAGGACUGCCAACUAUUUUGAUAGUCAGCUAAUCUAUUUGACUAAUCGGAUAAUAAUCUCACAUUUAAUGGCUCUUAUUUAGCUAUCAGCUUUCAAAUACAACAGUACUCCUUUACUGUCUAAACAUGCCAUUUAAGUCUGAGAAAAUAUCACAUUUUAGUGUUGGCUUUAAACAUAACCAGGAUUAAUAUAUGCAAGACUGAUGGUUUAGUUUAUACUUAUAAUAUACUGUAGUUACCACAGUAAUUGUAAUCAUUUGGUCUGUUCCUGAGGUGAAGGUGAGGAUAGAAAAAGAUUUAGUAUUACAGAGCUUUUUAGUGUUAAAAUACAGAGUGACUUUUUUAAUGGGUGGGGCUCAGCUGGAGGCAACCCUUAAUAUACGGGUUUUAAACAAUAGCGGAUAUGUGCUUUAUGAAGUGAGCACUGCACAUGCUAGCAUUGUUCACGAUCAGCUCCAUCCACUCCUUUUGUUGUAUCACAUUAACCACAGUUGUCUUUGUUUUUGCUGGGAGGCAGUGGCAGCUGGUAAACAGUACAACGACACAACAAGGUGACAUUUUAAGACUCAUACAACACCUACUGUUUAAAGGUGAUAAGAUUUGUGUGUCACUAUAGUUUUUCUUAGCUUUGCCCCCAGCCAACACAGAGACAACAUUGGCAUAAAGUAAUAGAUUUUAGAAAGAAGGAUUAUUAUUGUAAAACUUCGAACAAGUUCCAAUUUACAGAUCUUUUCAGGCAGCCCUUUUCCUCAUGGCACUGAGGGUAAACUGCUAAAAUUUAAGAGUCGUCGGAUCGGAUGUAAAAUUGCAUAAAAAGAACAGGAUUAAAGUUGUUUAGUUGUCUUAUAGGAGAAGUAAAAUAAUUUAACUUCAUCAUAGUUUAGAGUUAUGAUUAAGUUCUGGGGCGGCACAGUGGUGUAGUGGUUAGCACUGUCACUACAGAGCAAGAAGGUCCUGGGUUCAAAUCCGGGUCAGGGCGUUUCUGUAUCUGUCAGGUUAAUUGGCCACUUUCAAAUUGCCCGUAGGUGUAAAUGUGAGCGUGGAUGGUUGUUCGUCUCUAUAUGUCAGCCAUGCAAUCAACUGGCGACUUGUCCAGGGUGUCCCCUGCCUUCGCCCAUAGAUGCUGGGAUAGGCUCCGGCCCCCCCGCAACCCUGGGAACAGGAAUAAGUGGUAGAAAAUGGAUGGAUGGAUGGAUUAAGUUCUGUGGCAUCAAUUGCAGUGAAAACAAGUUAGCUUAUUUUUAAUCAUUUUAUUUUGAUAACCUAGAGGGGCAGAGAAAGUUCUAGUGACGGUCAAAGAGUGUCCUGCAACCAAAGAAACUGAGAAAGAGAGUGAGAAAGGCUGUGCUGCAGUUAAUUGCACAGACCUCAAAAUAACUGCAUCCUUUUUAUGCAAUCAAGUGUUGGCGACCUGCUAAAAAUGGAUACACUUACUCUGUUCAGUGACGUUGAACCUGGUGACAUGGUUUCUCUUACCAAGACACACAGAAACUUAACACAAACUGAAACCAGAUCAAAUUUACUUGUGCAACCUUGUUUGCUGUACUACGAGCUAACAGCUAACUCAGUACCAUUCUAGAUAAUGGACUGAAUUCAGGCUUCGUACAAACAUUAGAAUAAACACUUACUCAUCAAAACUAUUAUCACAUUGUAGCCUGUAAGUGUCUGCACUUGUUUUUGUUUCACAGUUCACAGAUCCUUUAAAAUACUUAUUUGUUGUUGUUAAAUGUUUCAUUGGUCUCUCCUUUGGGUCCAAAAGCCUGAAAUUGUGGGUAAAUCUGGAAGAAUCACAUUCUUUUAAGAUUGUCUUGCAUUGGCCCGGCUGCCAUGUUGCUGUGCUUUAUUUACCUGUUGCUUCCUGUUUACUGUCCUGCAUGUACCACUCACAGUAGAGACAGAGCUGAUGUGAGGUGUCUCUCUUAGAAAGUCACAUUCAGAAAACGAGAUGACUUCACUGAUGAGUUAUAUAGAAUCUAUGUGGUUUAGCUUAUUUUGUCCAUGAUUUUAGUCAUCUCUAGUGAUAAAUUGUUGCACUUUGAGUGCUGAGUAAAGGCCUUUUUCUUUUUUUUCUUUAUAUAUUCAUAAUAUAUUGAAUUAUCUGAAUGUUUUUCACCCUAAAUGGUUUGGAAGCAACAUGCAAUGUAAAGGACAAAUCUGGCAUGUAAACACGCUUAAUGAGUUUUUAUCCUCUACCUAAAAAGCCACAGUGUUUACACUACAGUAAAGAUAAUUGUAGCAUCACCUUUAUGUACUAUGAUCAUGAUAAUAACAGCAUUAAGCAAAGGAAUAAUAACCCACUGCCCUACAUUUAUGGUUCGUAAUAAAGAAAUGGCAGCCAAACCUAUAUGUAGUUAGAAAAAAAGAGAUAGCGAGAAACGUACUCCGAAAGUUGAGAGAGAAAUCAAGCUGCAGUGAAGGAAAAAAAUCGUCUCGCUAGAAGAAUUUUUUCACCCUGGAUGUUUUUUUUUUCAUGAGGGCUCAUCAACAACAGCACCGAUCUGUUGGAGGAACAAUUUGGGAUAUGAGAGAGGAUCUGUGCUGCUGCUGCCGCUGCUGCUGCUGGGGGAGCGUCUCUGAAUGGCUGCCCUGGGCUUUGAGCAGAACAAGGCACAGAGUGAGCUGCAGCAGGCAGCUCUGCACAUACAGCAACACUCUGUUAUUCAGCCCUUGGCCUGUGCUCCAGAACAUUGUGUGUACAUCUGUAAUCUUACCUACCCCCUGGGCUCAGAGAGAACCCCCCCCCCCCCCCACCACCACCACCACCUCCUGUCCUCUCUCCUUUUCUCUCUCUUUCUUACUCCAUCCUUCACCACUGUGUUCUCUCUGUCUCCGUCCAUCCUUUUUCUCUCUUUCUCUCUUUCUCGCUCAGUAGCUCUCAUCACCGCGUCAUUCCCUUUUUUCUCUUACACAAAGAUACAGUCAAGCAAAUACACCCACACACUUUCUCACAUUGACACCCAUACACAAACACACCAAGGGCCUUGAAGAUACACUCAUGUGUGAAGAUCACACAGUCUUAAUGUGUCGGAGCCACUACAGCCUGCUCCAUUCUGCUAUUAAUUAAACGAAACAAUGACGUGAAGAAAAAUAAUCCAUUUUUUUUAGGGUCAUCUGUGGCUUCUUCUUCUUCUCACCCCAGAAUAUCUUGUGUAUAUUUAUGUAUGUGUGUGUUGUUUUUAGCUGAAAUUGAACCAGAGCUGCGGGUGUUUAAAUAUACAUGAAGAAGAAGGCUACAUGAAUACGAUCCUGUCCAGGAUGGCGAGCAGUUAUGGGCUGUGUCAUGUGUCGGCGCUUUUGACUGCUCCGUGCAGAGCUUUCAUCAGCCUUUGCCUCUGUCACCGAGACGUUCCUCCUCUUCCCUCCCUGCUCCCAGCUCCACUUCACACACUGUAAUAAGGCAUUCAGGCUCUCUCUCUCUUUCUUUCUCUCUCUCUCUCUGGUGCCUUGACUAUUUUGCUGCACCACUACAUUGCAGUCUGACUGUAAAAGCCUGUUGUUGUGUCAGGGAACGUGUGCAGGUUCUCGUAUGUAUUUAACAGCAACAUUUUCAGGGUUAAGGACAUUAUUCUGUCGAAUGUUCAGAGCCCGUUGUCUUCAGUUGGACACAAUCUUGCAGGCUAAGGGCUUGUAGCAACAGGGAUAUCUUUGUAUGUGAUAAUUCAUGUGAUAAAUUGUCAUGUUCUACUGGUUAAUAUGUACUGCUGUUCCCUCAGGGAUUAGAUGUGGCUGUCAUGCUCCAGGUUAAGGAAAUCAUGAGAUCCUGCUUCUGCAAGCUGCUGCUUUAAUAAAUCUUUAUUGUUUUCAUUGCAUGACCAAUCAAUCAUCAUUUGAUGCAAUUACAGUUGUAUUUUUUUUUAGAUUUCAGCAUAUAGCACAUAAGUGUGCUCUUAACUAUGUUGCCGCUGUAAGGGUUUGUGGGUUUUUACUAAUGGAAGGCAUUAUAAAAUGCAUCUUUCAAGCUCCAACCGGGUUCAAAACAACAGGGAUGUAUUUUUCUCGCACGUCUUUUCUUUCCUCAGACGGCAGCAGCUUUCACAAUUGAAUUUGAAUGCCAUGCUUUUAGCGCCAGGGUUGUUUGAUUAUCCACAGACUGGGAGCUGUGCUGGAUUCCAUUCCUUUCAUCAUGCUUUAACCAGUGCGAGCUGGCUCCCCUGUCGUAUUUUAUAAGAGGUGAUUUUAGUGCCUCUCCUUUAUGCAGAUGAUUUUGGCUGCUGCUCCCCAGUCUUGUCCUCAUGAGGUGGAUAUUGGUUUUGACAAGGGAGCUAACCCUGCUACCUUCCCUCUCGCCAGGCUGUCUUCCUGACUGCUGCACCAGGCUGGAUAUUCUGGGCCAUAUGCUAAUGAGAAUUAGGCUUAGUGAAAGGGAGGAUGGCUGAUGCAUCUACAGGUGUUUUUCAGAAUUAGACUCAGUGACAGGAAUAUUAUACCAGGCUGGAAACCUAAUUGACCCUUUGCACUCCCACAGGGAUGAGAGUGGUUUUAUAUGCUGCCACUGAGCUAUGUAUGCUCUUUACAUGCAGUAAUACUCCUAGUUAAUAUGACAGGGAUCCACCUGUGCAGUGUAUUCAUCUAAGUAUAUAUAGACUACACCUUGUUGUCGAGUCUUAAUGUGGGAUCAUGUGCUGUCACAGGAUUUUUUUCCUCUUGCGCUGCAAAGUGUUCGUGUUAUUCCUCCUGCUGACAAAGACUGUGUGCACAAAGACAACGCAGGCCUUACCUUUUUUAGAUGUUUCUUCUGGUAAACUGCAAAGCUACUUUGUGUCUCUAUGCAGAAGAUGCUGAGUUCAUACAUUUGUUUUUGAAUGUGCAUAAUGACAGAGUCUGGUAGGAGCCAAGACUCUUGCAACUGUGGGAAGAAAUUGACUGCAAGGCUCUCCAGUUUGCUACAAUCCCUCAAAGAAGUCCUAGAAGUGACCGAUAGCUACAAUUACACAAAAUUCAAGUUCCCCAUGAAUCCUUACAGAAUGGGAAAAACAAUCAGGAAGUCUCAGCGACUGCAGCCACUGGUUUCCAAAGCAGAGUUUUGAAGUCUUUCGGCAGUGGUUGUCAUAUUAGAAAUGCUAACUCAACCUAUCUUCUUGUCAACCUAGCAUGAAGCAAAGAUAGAUAGUCGAGGUUGGCCUUUAGUCUCCAGGUUAACAGCUACAUUGUGCCCACCUGUCAGUCUAGUGCCUCCAACCAUGCAAAACUCAUAACCUUAAUAUCUUUGAAACCAAUGAGAUUGAAAAGAAACUCACCCCCCGUACUGUGUGUGUGCAGAGAAAUGAGCUGUUUUGUUUGACCAGACUGCAAACAUAUUUACAUAGCCUCAAAGAUGGCCUCUUUUGAAUGGGUGUGUAUGUAGCUUCCAGUCUUUUUGCAGCCAGACUCACGUGGUCAAACGGGGAACUACUGUUUCAACACAGGCUUCAUUUCUCAAGACUAGGAGGAGCUUUGUGCAUCCCACAUAACAGGAUUUACUGCAGUCCUGCUUAAAACUGACCAAUCACCCUACUUACCCAUGCCAGCAACAGACUUGUCUGAUAUCAGCCCAGUAAACAACAUCAGUGAGCCAUUCUUUAACAUCUCUGCAGCACUGUGUGUUGAAGACUUCAAUUUCUAUUCGCUCUGAAGUAGACAACAGUGCGGCUCCAAUGAAAACUUCAGUUCAAAGGUCCUUCUUUCAUCAGCUUUCUGAUCUGGCCUUGAACUUUGGUGUCUCUUCAGAGAUUUUGUACAGUAAAUCUGUGGUAACAAAUGAAACUCUAGAUUCAUUCUUGUGAUAAUCUCUCCAUUUUUGUCUGAGAUACAUGCAGUUAGCAGAACACUAAGCCUUCCUCUGAUGUCUUUCGUUAAAUCUUGAGGCUAAUGAGAGACUUCGGCUGAAACUGUGUCAGUGAUACGUGUCGGCACCUUAACGGUCAUUAUGCAGUGAAUAGCAGUAUAAAAACAUGAACAGCACAACACAUCCCCAAAGGGAAGUCAAAGUUUUUAGAACUCCCCCUAGUGACUGGUUGCAGUGGAGGUGAUAAAGCUGAUAUGAUUCAUGUUCAAGAGAUGAUCUUGUGAAGAAGUUUUAAAUGUUUGAUUCUAUGUUGAAGAAGUCAGAGAAAAUGUACUUUUGGGUAUAAUAUGUGGGAUUUAGUUAGUGGAAGGAACCCAGCUGCUCUACCAGUCGGUUCACUACUAAGCAGGCCUUGGAUCCAAAGUACAUCACCAGCACAAUAUGCCAGUGCCCAGCAUAGCAGAGUUUUGCCUUCACAUUUUUACAAAGGGAGAAAAUCGAGGCCCAUUGUCCGUAUUUAUGCACAGCCGAUGCUACUGUAAGAUAGCAAUCCCCUGUCUCCUAUUAAAGGUUUUCUCCUAGUGCUGCAACUAAAUAACAGAAAUAAAAUAAACAGUGUGAAGAUUCUUCUGUGCGCACACAGAUAUAGCUAUCCACACUGUGUAUCCAGUAUUUUAUGGCUAUCUCCAUAACUUUUGUACAGUUUUUACACAUCUUAAUUGGCUUCUCUUCUGUCAUGUCUCAGUCACUCACAGUGGCUGUGAUGUGUUACAUGAAAAGGAAGCCCCAGAUCAUUGCAAGUUGUUUUACGAUUUUGUUUCAAAGUUGUCUCAAAGUCAGAUGUUUUAGGCCACAGCAGUCACAGAAAAGAGGAGAUAAACCCUGGAGAUGCUUUUAUGGUCAUAGAGUUUUAGCAUUCAGGCUCACGUUUCUGUGUCGAAGCUGAAGCUUGAACUCUGAAGUCAGCCACAGAGCAUUUGUUAAUCAUGUCUCCCUCUCUCCCUCUCCUUUUUCCUGCUCCUCUAAGUAAGAAGAGGGCUUUGCGUGAUUGCCUGCAUGAGUGUUUCCCCUCAACGCUACAUUGCUAUUGUCCACUUGUCCCUCCUUCAUCUGUGUAAUUGUAGGCAUGAAGUUCCAACUGUAAAUCCCAGCUGUUGGCAGGUUGUCUGCUCCAACACUGCCGGGUAUUCUGGUAAGCCAUUGGCUGGGGGGUGUCGGUUUUUCUUAAGCUGGCAAACAUCAUGAAAGAUAACAUAAAGAGGAGCUAGGUGGGUCGUUUUUUCCAGUCAAAUGGAUCGGACAAAAAAGCAGGCGGCAUUAGCGUGUGUGUCUCUCUCUCUUUGUGCUGAAAGCGUUAGAGUAGCUGUGUAGAAUAAAAGGAGAUGCUUCUCUCUCUAUCACACUCCAUCAGCAUUAUUUACCAGACCUGCCAGUUGCUUUGUACAGCACCUCUCCCUGCCAAGUAGGCGACUGGCGUACGACCAGGGGCUAGUGACAACAGGCUACAGUGGAAAGCAAGGAGAGCUGUGUGGAAGAGCCAAGUCUAUUCAUUCCCUCAGGCUUGCUGAGUGAAGCACAGAACUCUAUCUGCUCUCACAGAGGAGGACAUAGCAGUUUGGGUUGUUUUUUUGUUUUGUAUCGUAAGCCAUGCUAGAAUUGAUCAUAAAAUGGGUUGAAUCAGAGUGUGUUGCUUUAACAUUACCGAGUCUAUAAAGGCAGUGGAUAACCUUAUCUGUUCACCCUCAGAUUCAGUUAAAAGUCUUCCAGCGAGUACAGAAUCCACGAGUAUGAAGUAAACCCGACGUGUUCGUCAUCCACUGCUACCCUCCCAUCAGCCCUCUUUACUCAACCUAUAUGGAAACAUCAGCUCUCGCGGCUUGGAAACAGAAAAGUGAUUUUUUUUUUUUUUCCACUGCGUGUCACAGAUGGUGGGAAAGCCUUUGUAAUGCUAAUAUAAUAUCACACUGUGUCGGCCUAGCACUGCAGUUUGCUGUGUGUGCCAAGCAGGCUGGCUAUGGAGUGAUUUACCAGUAUGGAGAGAAAAAGACCUCCCUCGGUUUACACUGAAAGGCUGCGUGGUCGGCAGGUCCCGCCGCUCGGCCUGCUGCGACCAGGCUCGCCUGACUUUAUUGAUUCCGUGGUCCGUCCAGCGUUGUGUACCAUUAAUUAACUCUGUCUCCGAGCGUUUGUCACAUUGUGUGCGCUUAUUAAAAAGGAUAUUACUAAGAAGGGCUAGGCAUUAAAAACAGCAGGAAAGAUUUAGUAACUGAUUUGGAGAAUCAAGGCACAGGAGUUGAAUAUUAAGGGAGAUUAUUUCAGGCAAAGAGGAGACCACAUUAGCUUAGCAAAAAUUCACAAAUAUUCCUGCAUGGAGAAAAUAUUUGUAUUCUUUGGAAAGCAGUUGUUGAGAAAAAAAGGCACCCUACCGUCUGACACUGAGCCUCCUACUAAGAAUACUAUGCCACCUCCCAACAAAAGAGCCAAUAACAGGCCACUUCCUCCACUGUGAACCAAUGACUUUGCACCUCCUGUAGAGGUAGCGAGUCAGCUGCCAGAGAGGAGGAGACGGUACACAUUGAUGUCUUUCUCUGCUUGCACCGCGUCACAAUGUUGUCUUUCGAUUUCCAGCCCUCAUCCUUGGUAUUUGAAUCACAAGGGGGAGCGUUUCAUAUCCUUGCUGGGAGAAGAAGGGUGAUCUUGUCUAUCUGAAAGAGCACGCUGGAUUAAGGGGGUUAUUUCCCCAGAGGGGGGGAUAUGAGAGUGAGUGUCACUCAGACAGCACUCACUCUCACAAUACCUCUGCCUCUGCAUGUUGCCAGGGAGCCCCGGCUUUGACUCCUUCCCCUCUCCUCCUCUUUCUCCCCUUCAUUUUACUUUCUCCCCCCUCUCCUCUUUCCCAGUCUCACACACACUCUUCUUCAUCGUCGCUAUCAUCUCGUCACGCUUUCUUCCUUCCUUACUUCCUUCCUCCUUCCCCUGCUGGUUCAAUGCUGCCCUACAGGGAGAGGAGAAUUGCGUGGUUUGGAGGAUGGUUGUUAUUCCAAUCACACCUCUGAUGCAGCGAGGGUCCAGUAAAGUACAGAAUAAUUGGCAGGUUCCAGCAGCUACAGGCAGCCCUUCUAUUCUAGUGUGUGUGUGUGUGUGUGUGUGUGUGUGUGUGUGUGUGUGUGUGUGUGUAGCUGUGAUGAAAGGGGGCUGCUGUAGGUGCAGCAUUCAGAGGUCAUUUCGUUAAUUACUAGCUCUUGUGUUACGUGCGUGUUCUCACAUUCUUGUUCUCAGUCUGUGUGGCGAUGACAUGUGCGUGCUGACAAAAGAGCGGGCUGCUGUCAAAAAAAGAAAUAUCAACCAAGUGACAAUUGACCGUUGAUGUAGAAGAAAAAAAAUAUGAAACCUGCAUUUUCACUGUUUCUUUAAACCAGCCGAUACCAUAUUUUCAAUUUGGCUGCAGUUUUUCAUCUGUUUGAUAUCUCGCUCAAUAUUUAGCCCACCUCUGCAUCAUAACUCACUGGUAGUAUUUGUGUCUGUUUUGUGAAUGUGAUUCUGCUCUUACACGCUGAAGCAGAUGUUUGGUAAACAUACACCUAAUUAACUGAGGGUCAUCUUGAGUCAGAGGGCAGGGGUCAGAGGUCAUAUGUGUUCACCCUGCGCCUUCUGAGAGCCCCUGACUGAUGGGACUCCAGGGGUGUCCACUGACACACAUCAGUGGAGCCAAACACGGCGGCUAAUAAAGCAUGCUGGGUAAAGGGCUUGGGACAAGCAUCAGAGAAAAUCAACCCAUGCUAUCUGCUGGCAAACACUGACCUGCAGACUUAAUGGAACAUGUCUCCCAUAGGUACACUGCUCCAUUGAUUAGCCAUUGAUGGCAGUUGUAGCCAACACUAGUAUUGAGUGUAAUUUUGCACCAUCUCCACUGCAGACAGGUCUGCUCUUGCAGAGGGUGGAAUAAAAUGAGAUAAGUAUAACUCUGUGUUAGUACAUGCAAAAUGUUUUUUUCUUUUCACCUUUGAUUGACUGCGUUAUAGGCCAGCGCCAUAGCGACCAUCAUCACCUCAUGUUCUGAUGCCCUUUCUCUGUGAUCCAGCCUCACCUUUACAGGGCUCCUCAUUAUGAGGACUCUAACUUUAAGUUCUUACAUGAAUAAAUGUGCAUGGUGUGCACGGUGUGUUCAGACAGAAUAUGCAAUGCAAAUGCAAGCACACACAAACACACACACACACUAGUACACAAACCUGCACAGUUGGAGGCAUAUCUGUCUAAUACAGAUCCAAAUGCUGCCACAUGUUCAUACUGAGUUACACAAACACACACGUAAAGGUGUGCACACAUGCUCCUUUGUUUAAAAAGAGGGCACUGAAAUUGCAUAAAUGCCAAUUGUUGGAGAGCCUAUAGUGAAAGAGGUAGAACAAUCGGUGGUAAUUUAAGAUAUUGAUCACUUCAGCACAUAAUGUGUCUGAUAGGCAUUGUUAAGGCAGAAACAGGCAUUGACAGAGUGCCUCUGCAGGCGUUUAAACCUGCAGGACAUUAUGUCACUGUAUUAGUACUGAUCACUGCCGCGUAAUAACCCCUUAUCCCCCCAUCCUGAUUUAGAUUCAGCAAAGCAAAUGAAGCAUAGCGGUAAUAAAUGCACCUGUUAGAAAUAUGAUAAUUGCAUCUCUGAUGGCUGACCUUUUUUCAGCGCUGCAGCACAGACUAUUUGACGCAUGUCAUGCAAAUGUGUGUUUGCGUGUUUGUUGGCAUUGUGUAUCAGUUAGAUGGUGGGAGUGUAGGUUGUAAUUGGUUGUUCUAACUUUGUUUUUAGGCAUCUUUAUUUAUCAACAGUUACUCAUACAGCAGCAUCUUUUCAACUCUUCCAAGUGGGAGCGCUGUGAGUGUAUGUGUGUGUGUGUGUGUGUGUGUGUGGCUGUUUUAUGUUAGUGCAUUUUUAAGUUCUGUGAUGAAAUAAUUUAGCUUCACCCAGUCUUCCUCUGUACUUUUUGUUCUUGUGCGCAGCCGCUUGUUACAGCAACCUCCAGCUUGUAAAGAUGUUUUAUUUGUCUCUGACGUCACAGUAACCGGGCGCUAGCGUACUUGCUUGUGUACCAUAAGAAGCCUGCUGUACAUAGGAGCAGGAUGUAUCUAUAUGUUAGUGAGGGUGCCAUUGCUUCUGUCUCAUUAGCAGCCAUGCUGAGGCCCUGAGCUGCUUCUUGUGCUCCAUUGGGGACAGCUGAUGAGGCCUGACUAUGUGACCUUUAACAACCUAAUCAACUUUUAACACCUCGCCUACUGUCUGCCUUAUUGCCAUUCUUCUCUCUGCCAUUCACUUCCAGGUUCCCAACCUCUUUUAGACCCCAUCACUUACUUUAGUUUUAAGCUUGAGCCCUGCUUUAAUACUGAUGAUCUCCUCAUGUAUGAAUGGAGCAGCAUUGUAAAUACACGCAGCAGCAGCAGUGGUCUCUGGAGGCUCACAGUAUUGUAUUGCAAUCGGCUGUCUCUCCCCACACACUCUUGACCUUCCCUCUGCUUUUUUCUCUGCUUUUUUUCCGCUCUCCUCAUCUUUGUCUGUGUUCCCUUUUCCUCUCCUCAAAAGAGCUCAGGUUGUACAACAGAUAAACAGCAGCAACUAUAAUUUCUCUGAUAAAUUACACUGAAUAUCAAUAUUAAACUAACUUCCAACAUUGUUUAUGAAUUUUCCUACAUUUAAAGCAUUAAUGUCAGAAUGAAGAUAUUUGACAUGUGGUUCGAAAGGUUGGGAAAUGUUAUGAAAUCAAAUGGAAUAGUUGCUAUAUAUACCAAAUUCAACAUUUAAGAAUAAAAAAGCUGUGAAUUCUAUGAGCUGACAACAAAAAACACUGACAUCUCCUCAAAACUGGUGGUGAAAUUUUCUAUUAAAACGUGAAAUUUUUGGAUAAUAUGAUGUAAAAGAUAAAUGAACACAGAUGAGAUAAUUGAAACCCACUCAUCUCUGGAGCCAUGACGGAGCCUGGAUUAAAUCCUGCCUCAAGUGUCAGUCAUACUGGAUGAAAUGAAGAACAAAGGAUUAAUUGGGCACAGAGCCCCCUGAGAAAAAGCUAGAACUUGACUUACAGUCAGACCCGCACCCUUAUCCCGGAUCAAACUGAGGCCUCAGAGGUAACAGUGGUUACAAUUGUCCUGAUCUGGCUCUGCAGGUUUUGCUGUGCUGAUAAAGAUCCAGCUCCAUAAACCAGAUUCAUAGUAAAUCUCUACCUAUCAGAUGCUUUCUUUCCCUGCUCCUCUGCAGCCCGUGAUUGACGAUCAUUAUCUGAAGAUACUAUAUCUCUACCAUCGCUGUGGCUCUGUCAGGGAUUUUAGGAGAGGAUGUUUGAUCACAUACAGUAGCAAACAGCUGACAGAGGAAAUGUUCUGCUGCAGGAACACAUGUAGACGGAUAUAUGCUGAAGAUAUACAGAUUGGUUAUAUUUCUUUAAAUUGUUUUUCCAUGUCAGAGAAAAAUAUCCCCAAAAUGUUGUUGACCUCGAGCACAACUAUGACAUAAAAGCCAUGUGGCAGUCAGUCAACUUCAGCUUUGUGCAGAGGAGAGACAUUUGGGAUACAGUUCCUACUUUUGCUCUGUAUAUAUCCCUUACACAUUAGCCACCAGCGUUUUAAUGUUCUAGAUAAAUGAUCAUUUUAAGAACUGUUGUCUCCCGACGAACAGCUGUUAUGUGCUCGCCCAUGAAAAUAGAAAGGGGCUACUUGACCAGAACUUUUUUUUUCUUACCAGGCUGUUGUCUUCAAUGUGAAGACAGGUGUUGUGUAUGGCAGUUGAUGGGGCCCCCUUUGGCUUAAGGAGUCAGCAUCUAUUGGACAUAUGAGGAACUGCAGUUUUUGUCACCUCUGCACUGGCCUCGUUUUUUAACAUUAGCUUACUGAAUACUGAAACAAAAUCUGAAGGUUGCCAGCGACAUGACCGUUUCUGUGUUGAAUGUGUAAAUUACAGGUCAUUUGCUAACAAAUCAAACUUGUGCUUACAACUUCCAGAUAAACAUGGUUUAUUUUGUGUUACUGUGAGAAGAGUUUGUCUUGUUCAAGUAAAUAUGAAAGAGGAUUAGGAUUGAAGAGAAAAAAAAAAUAUUACAGAAACGAGUUUAUAGUUGAAAUUUUUAGAUUAAAGUUGACAUGAAUAAAGUCGAAAUUUUGUGAAUUAAAGUUAAAAUUUCAAGAUUAAAGUCAAAGUUUCAAGAUUAAAGUCGAAAUGAAUAAAGUCGAAAUUACAUAAAUUAAAUUCAAAAUUACAAGAUUAAAGUCAAAAUCACAAGAUUAAAGUCGAUGCAAAUAAAGACAACAUUUCAUGAAUAAAGUCGUAAUGUUGAGAUUAAUGAUAAUGAAUCAACAGCAUUGUCGCUCGUCACUCGACAACAUGUCCUCUGUAGAACGGUUUGUAAAGUUUUACUUGAGGAUUGGAUUUAGUAACAAGGAAAUCCUUGCUCUUUUAGCGCACAAACACAGUGUUUUUGUUCUAAAAGAGUAUUUGGACUCUGAAAAGACUGUGCUGAAGAUUAUGAUGCAAAUGCAGGGUUAUCAGUGGUUACACCUGCAUGCUAUACAGCGAGGUUAUGUCGUAUCGCAAGAUACAAUAAGACAACUGAUCAAAUUGGUUAAGACUGAAGGUGUGGAGCACAGAUCAGCCCGGGGUCUAAGUUAGACGAAAUUUUGACUUUAUCCAUGUUGACUUUAAUCUCGAAAUUUCAAUUUUUAUCUCAUUCUCUUUAUUAUUUUUUCUCUUCGUGUGGCCCUAAACCAUUUGAUUUCAGUCCCUGGCUCUGCUGAGAAUUCACUUUCACUCAUUUGAGCAUGUAACAUUCAGCCCAUCAUCAGCAUGUGGUCAGUGUGCCAUGUCUGAGUGUAACGUUUAUCAGAUGUGGGGGGAUGCACAGUGUUUGAUCUGUGGGCCAUGAACAGUGCUGCCUCUUCUGAGGUUGUGUCUGUGCCCUCAGAAGAGAAGAGCUCUGACAUAUCAGUGUAGGCCAGUUGACCUUCGACAGGACAAUGCUCAUGUUGUGAGGGUGUAACAGAGAAAGGUGGAGGGAGACAACAAGAGAUGCGCCUCUCUUGUUGCACCAUAGAAAUAAAAGAGGUGUACGCGCAUGGCAAGGAACACGAGAAAAAAACAGUCAGCCUAUCAGUCAAUAACAGUACGUCAAAGAUAAGCUAACGACAGGAGACGGAGACACAAAUUUAAACUGCAUGAUGGCUUUUUGAAUGUCACUGUUUCCUGUUUUGAAGACAGCUGAGGUCUGUUUAUGUGUUUAUAUAUUUCUAAAUCAGCUGCUGAUUGUCUCUGCAUGUUAAAGAAUUUGCCCUCUUCACAAUAAAAGCACAACUCAAACCCUAGCAUAUAAAAAUGAACUCAACACAAACUGUCUCUAUUUCUAUCAAAGAAGGCUAAAACCUCAUUUCAAUAAUUGUACGGCUUUUGAAGACAUUUUGAUCCCAGGUGUGGAAUUUUUUUGCCUUUAGCGUGGGCAUAUAUUAUUCUUACCCGCUAUUAAAUACACAGUAUGCAUUUGUAGUGUUUUUAUAAUUUGUUUUUUAUACGGCUGUCUACCUUUGUUUGUUUUGGAUGCGUGUUUCUCUGUUCUCGCACCACAUCUCGCUGCAGGCUCUAAGGUAUUACCACAAGUUGCGUGUGAGGCAGGUUACUUCAGCCAUGUGUGCAGCGAGCCAGUGAACCUGCUCUGAAACAGUAUACCUGUGCUGAAAAGGAGAGACGCCAUUUCAGUGCUGUCUGUUUGGAUCAGUGUUCCCAGUGGCGCUCUGCCCUCUCUGAGAGCUCCUCUGUUGGGGAUCUAUGUCUUGGCCCCUGACUCUGUCCUUCUGUUGAGACAAUGGGCCCUUUGUACCUGCAUAUACUGCUGUGGGACCUGGCUUCAUCUUUUCGGCAAUUAUACACAAUCCCUUUCCAGCCGUGCCUCCGCUCAUUGGAGAGAAAUGCAAUCGAAUGGAGGAGAAAUGCAGUGAGACGGGGCCGUGGAAAGAGGCUUGCAGGAAUUAGAUUGUUGUGCUGAUAAGUUCCAUAUAGAGCGAGUAAACAUGUUCUUAUCUUGUUAUCCAGCUUGCACAUUAACACAUGCUGUGUGGAGGAGGUGGAGGGGGGGGGAGGUUGAAAGGAUAAAUCAAAUUCUAAUCAUUCUGUUAGGUUUUAUCCAUUCUCUGCUCUUUGUCUCUAUUUCUGUUUUCACAUUGUGCAGAGAACCCGGCACACACGCAAGAACAAUGGAAGGGUCAGCAGCACUAGACAUUCUCCUACAUCCGGUAAAUGCUCCAGAAAUGAGCGCACAGUGAUUACGUGCCCUAAUGUGAGGUGUUUAAAGAGCGUUUCCUGCAGCAGAGUUAAAUGACAGUGCCCUCUGUGAAGUAUUAAUGAUGUGGAUGGAUGAAUCAGGUCGGUACAAACCUGUUGACGGCGGCUGCGGUGCUCUCUGAAAGCUGCGCCCGGCUUAACCGCUUGGCAAAUUGGACAUGCUUGUUGGCUGUAGCUCCAAUUUAUGUGCACUCUCUAUUGCAGUUAGUCUGUCUUCAUUAUUGAAAUGGCCUCUCGUCAGGUCCUGACAGAGAUGGUAAAUGGAGGGAAAGGGGGGGUCUCAUACAGGAGGAUCAUGAAUAAUGUGGAAAAUAAACACAUUUGAGGCUCUGGCAGGAGGGGUGUUGGAAGUGUUGUGAAAUGCCCAGCUUUCGAUCCCCCCCUUCCUCUCUCUCUCUCUCCCUCUCUCUCUCUCUCCAUGUGGUUGUAUGAGCAGCCUUAGUGGAUGCUGAUGCUGUGGAUCCUCAGCCUUGGGGCUUUGUCCAGCACACAUACAAUUGGGCUUAAACAUGCACACACACACACACACAGAUGUGACCCUGCAACACAUCCACACGCAGCUCUAGGCACUGCGCUCUGGCAGGACCUCUGCAGCCUGACCAGCAUCCCAACUGUGUGUUUUGUCGCUGCCAGUCUGGAGGCUCACUGCUCAUUGCCUGCAGUGUGUGUCCAACAUAAUGCUGCCGUCACUUCACUUUUUUGUCGUUGUAAUGAUACAUCUGUGCGUCGCUCAUGUGGGUUCAGUCAGUUCAGAGUGGGAUAUCCAAUUUCUUGUUAUUUUUCUUCAAGUGGAUGUUUUUUAUUUCCAGAUGUAGAAUUUCAAUUUCUCAGUGUGCCGAACUGAUACAAGAUGACCUGAAAAACAUCUCUUAGCUCAGUAAAUGCCAUGUGCACUUGAGCCUGGGCUUAAGGAGUAAUAGGGCUUUUCUGUGGAGAGAGAGGAACGUGGUCUGGCUGGGUCUACCAACAGGGUCCUUGUACCUGCUGCACGCAUGAGCCAAUGUGAUGGCUCAUGAGAUAAUUACCCACUGAGCCGGCGUGAAUGCAACUGUAAGCUGAAGCAGGGGUUCCCUUCAGGUAGCUCUGUGCCGCUCAGGUCAGUGAACAGCUAAUGACAUUUAGAAGCAAUAGCAUGAAAGAGGAGGCAGUUGUUUGUAGUCAGCCACACACUACCUUUGUCUUAUUGUCUGCCGUCUGUCUUAAUCUCCUAGCCGCCGUUUUCACACCAAGAGGAGAUCAUGUUAUUAGAUCCCCUCCCCUGGCUCAUUUGUCAUCCUGCAGCACCGCUCCUCCAGAGAAGGACUGCAGGAGAUGAAAAAAGGAAAACAAUAUAAACAGGCAGGAGGCCACAGCAUCAAAUGUUCAUCAUUUACAGGCCCAGAGUCUCUUGAAUCAUCAUUAUUCUUUGAGGUAUCACACAAGGUUAAUGUGCCUGUUCCUCUAUGUGCCUCUACACCUGAUUUUAAGAGGCUGACAAACUUCAGCCUCUUCUCCUUUUAUUUAAAAGUAUUGCUUUGCAUUAGAUUAGUAUCACUAUCUCUUUUUUAAAAAAGUAUCCUGUCGUGAGAACAUUUGCAGUUUGCUCUCUCUUUAGUCCGUCCUCUCUGAGCCAGGUUGGUUCUCCGGCAGCGGAGGCACACUGGAAGGAGGGAGUCGGCUAAUUACAAUAAACAAAUAUGCUCAGUGCUGCCUAUGUAAGGCUGGCAUAGGUUAACAACUCCGCCAUAAAUGUUAAAUGAAGCUUAAAAUAGGAUGGUAUGGCAUACAGUUUCCAUAGUGAUCUGAGAUGUGAGUCUUUGUGUACUUUCUUGGUCGGUAAAGUUUAAAUUAAUCUGAGACAUGAAUCAGAGAAAGAGAGAAGAAAUAAGAGAUCGUUCAGUGAAUCCCCGGGGUCGAUUUGAUGCUGUAUGGAGCCUAAUCACAGCAACUUCGUUUUUGUUUUUCGUUGUUGUAAUGAAAUGUAAUGUAAUGAAAUCUAGUGUACCCGUGUUAAUCUUAUUCUGUAUUUAAAGACUCCUCUCUUACUUAAGUCACUUUUCCUGUUUCUUCCCAUCCUCUCUUUCUCUCCGCCUCUCUCUUUCAACAGGUGGGACAGUCAAAAUGAUGCAUAGGAGGUGAAGCAUUGAGCCGCAUUGAUGGAUGUGUUAACAGACCGCAGUCUCACAUUAAUCGUGAAGACUUCAGAACCGGAGAAUGUGAAUGCAGCGGAGAAUGCAGGUGAAAACAUUUCCACUUUUUCCAAAGUUUUAAAGCUUGCACGUUGAAAUAUUCAUCAGACGCUGUUUAGAUGAGAAAUGCACGUCACAAAAUAGUUUUCAGAAUUUUUCAUGCUUUGCUUUGAUCGGUAAUACCUUUGAGAUAUCUUGUUGAUCUAAAAGCGGGAAUUAUAAUUUUGAAGAAAAUCGUGAAGCAUAUAUAUUAACAUAAAUUAAAGUUAAACCACAGCAUUUUUCUCACUUCUGAGAAAACUUUAAAAAGUCAAUUAGUAUCAGUGAAUACCAUGAAACAUCUUAAAUGAGUUUAAACCCCCGGUUUAAAGCUUUUUGACAAGAUACGUGAGGGAGAAACACACCCUGAUUUUCCUCCUCAAAAGGAUAAGUGGAGAAGAAACAUUAAAUGGCGCCUAUCAAGUUAUUGAUAAUCCUCUCUCCUGAUGCUUCCACAGCUCUCUUUAAUAACACCCUCCUUUUUAAUGAAACCAUACAAAAUUAGAAAUGGGUGCAAACACUAUUUGUCCCACACUCAUGUUUAUUAGCAUAAGCCAAAGAAGAAUGUGUGUAAUAAAGAAAUGUUUUAUGUGAUUUAUCUCUUUAGUUAUUCCGUCGUUGUUUUACACUGUAACCAUCGCCUCUUCUAGAAUUCUAAUAAUAUGAGUGUUGCAUUAAUUGUAUUGAUUUUCAACAAUCCUGCCUGUUAGUGCAGCUAAUAUCUGCAGUGCAGUCCCUUUCAUGUACACCUCUUGAAUCAUUUUUUGGAGAAAAAAAAAUGCUGUUUGAAAAGACCUUCAGCCAGUACCUUUCACCUCUCAAGCACCACUGAUCUUUAGAUGAGGUUUAUCUUAUUGUUUCAGCUCCGCUCAGGCUCAGUGGGGUCUCUCUGAGCUGAAUCACGCAGAUUAUCCCCAGAACUAGCCUGUUCCUUCUGAGGAAAAGUGGAAAAGAGAGAGCGUGGAGAAUGAGAGUAGGAAAAAGAGCGGUGGUGGAAAGGGUGAAAGCGUAUCUAUUGAGCAGGAAUAGGGCAGCUCUCUGAGGAGGGUAGCCAUGAAUCAUACUGCAGUUACUCACCACUUAUUAUGAACAUCCUGUACUGACUGGAUUGAUUUCCCCCCACCAUUCACAAAAUGUCAUAUAGUGAAGAUGGAGCAAUAGGUAGCAAGAGGCUUCUGUGUCUGGCCUACCAGCUGGAUGAGUUAACGCCCCGGGUGGCUGAGCUGCAGAACGGCUGGCUCUGCAUUUUACGAAUGUGAAAGCCUCCUUAUAACAGGGAUAAGGAGUGAGGGAGAAGUUUGAGGGAAGGGAGAUAGUGAGCAGAAAAGGGAGGGAGGAGGAGACGUAAAGGGGGGAUGGAGUGAGAAAUGAUUUCAAAAAGCCAUUUGAGUGAGAAAAAGGCCAUGUCAGCUAUUUUCAUUUGCAUUGUACUUGGUUUUGUAAUAUUUGAGCUAUUUCAUUCCUUUAGCCUCAUGGAAUGGAUGUAUGCAUUUGAAUCUUGUAACUCCUGUGAGUCGUUUUGAACUGGUUAUGAAACAGUCUAAACGUAACACACAUGCAUUCAUUUGACCUCCAAAAUCAGACCAGACCUGUCCUGCAAAUCUAUAUACAGCAUACAGUCUGAGCGAGCAUUUCUUCUGCAGGAGGAAGUUUGUAAGUUGGUUACAAAGUUAAAAAAAAGGAUAGUUCUUUACAUAAUAGUGUAAGAAAUAAUACUAAGAGAUCACAAGUAAGAGCGAUUGCUGUCUUAAAAAUAUUACUUUCAUCCAGAUAAAGUGACUACAAGUUGUUUGUUUGCAUGGCUGCACUGUUUGUGUGUAUGUGCGUGUGUGUGAGGCUGUGUGUGCGUGCUCGUGUGGCAUCUGACACACACUAAUAGAUAAGGACACAGAUGCCAACUUGUCUCUCUCUCUCCCUGUGUCCAUGACCAUGUCCCUCAGCAUGAGCUCGUCUCCCCGCAGAGCCGGCUGGCACAAAGCAGCUCAGGCUGCUCAGGUGGAUGAAACCCUGAGUGUCGUGGCUGGAAAGAGAGAACAGACUCGAAGAGCUCUGAGCGUUAACUGGUCUAGUCUGGUCUGGUUUAGUUUGGCGGUGGUCAGGCUGUCUAGCAUGCUUGGCAGGGCUGAGAUCAGAAGAUCACCACCUCCUGCCAGCAGCCGGGGUCCUUCCAUAUGCUCUGUGGUGACAGUCCAUGCCAGCUUGCAUGAGUUUUGUCACAUCCAGCCUCAGUUACUAUUCAAGAACAAUCCUGAAAACACUGUAACAAAACUACAACUGUGCAAGGAUGAUCUCAGAGUGUGAGGCUUGUUUUUUAUUUGUGACUAAGCUGCUCUUUGUGUAAGCUAGAUAUUGAAUUCUGGCAGCAGUGAGUAUUUUGGAUGUUUAUCUUGUUUACAUUUGCCGGCACAGUUGCAGCCGUAAUAUUGCUGUAGCAUAUCUGUGAAUAUGUGUCUACUGAUCCCCCUUUGACCUCUAAUGUCAAACUUGAUUUGUCAUCUACAGUCAGCAAUGAAACCCUGAUCGUGUGUGUGUGUGUGUGCAUGCAUGCAUGUGUGUGUACCUGUCUGACUGACUGAUCUGUGGCACAUUCUGAACAGCUGAAGAGCUAAUGGUCCAGCUGGAGACAGAUGGCCUCUCGAUAACACUAUACCCCCCAGCCAAUACUCACACUCUAUCACUCUCCCUCUCAUACACACACACACACACACACACACACACACACACACACACACACACACACACACACACACACACACACACGCACACACACACACACACACGCAUGCAUCCACUCGUGCACACACCCCCUCUCGUUCUCUCACUUACAUACACACACUCUGGAUAGGAUAGAUUGUUAAUCCAUUAUAAGCCCUUAGGAAACAUAUUUUUCAAUAUGAGUUUAAUGUUUCGCAGCAAUUUUGAACAAUCUUUUGGCAAUAUUAGAUGGCAGCUUAGGUUUCAUGUGGGCAGGGGAGGAUAAAGGAAGUUAAUUUCUCCCUCCCUUUUUUUGUAAUUUCCCCCUCUGUGGCUUGGCGUCUUUGCAGGGCUAAUGAAAGAGAUAAGUGAUCAUUUCUUUAUAUUUCUCUUAUCUGUGAGUCCUGCAAAAUUACUUGUUAGAUUUCAGGCCUUGGCACUGUUUACAUGUAAUUCCAAAUGAACUCGUCCAUCUUUGGAAGAAAAAACAUUGCAUCAGUCCUCCUAUGCUGUUUCUUUUACGAUAUGUGCUGUCGAAUGAAUCGUGUCUGGAAAUAAACCAUUGACUGUGAAAAAGAAAAAUAAUGUCAACACCUUUUGGCUGUUAUACUCGAAGGCAUACCAUGAAAGCAGAUGCUAACCUAUUGCGCUAUCAAUAUAAUUUUGAAGCAUGAGUCUGCGUGGUUGGGACACUUGUACUGCUUAUAAAAUGGCAAAGAUCCUUCAGUUUGCGUAUCAGGGUCUCGGGCCUCCCCUAAUCCGUCAUAUCAGUGUACCACAACUGUCAACAGAGCUGCUCAUCAUGGUUCACGAUCAAUCAUAUUUAUAGCAUCAAAUGAAAUAAUUCAAACUUGGCCUCUGAGAAAAAUCAUCGCUUGGGCACUAAUCCUCAUGAUGACAACUGAAUUCAACUUGCAUUUUGAUGUUUUCAGUUUGAUCCAUGUUACGUCCACAUACUACAGUCGAUUUGACUCCACUUUCAGGGAGCUGUUAUGUUGUCCAUCCUUUAUACAGGAUGUGUAUUGUACAUAAAAAAAUAUAUUUGUAAACUGAAAAUGGGGGUUACAGUCCUGACCAUCCACAGAUACAUGCUUUGACUCUCUGGCUUAAAGCCCUGAAAGCACCAAUAGCAAACAACUGUGAUGCUACUGCAGUCAAGCUGCUGCUGAAACUGUUUCUGUGACUCCAGAGAGAGAGAGAAGGCACAUAUUUCUCCUGGGGUUUUCUUCAUUACAGACGACAGUAGCGUCGUUUUAUGCUUUUAGUAGGUGUUGUGGUUGCUCCAAUGUGUCUGCGGGCCACAGAUCCAGAGAGACCCCCUCUCAGAAAAUUCAUUACCUCAAUAGAUCACCCUCAAAUCAUAUCCACACUCAAAAGAUUGACUCACCAUCAAUGUGGCUGUACUGAAUACUUUGUGAGAAACAGCCAUACCCUCAAGCAUUUGUUAAUACCUCAAUAAUGAUUAGGUGCAUCCAUUCUAAAAUGGGGGGUGCUGCUUGUUAACCUGGCUGUGCUCAUUAAUUACUGUGGUAUGUUUUCCAAUUUCAUUUUUUUCUAGUGCGAUUUUAAAGAAUAAUUGUGAGGCAGCAGCUUGGGAUUUUAGAGGGAGGCAGGUGUAGAUGAUAUUGGUUAUACAGUCUCCAACAUAUGGGCCUGUCGUGUCCCAUGUGUACGUACCUGCCUCUGCUGCUGUCAUCUAAUUAUGCAGAGCAAACAAAGCUAUCUGCCUGCUGCUACAAGCCCGCUUCUGUGGGUUUUGAUUGUUACUCAUCAGAUGGAUGUCUUCAACUGAUUAAGAUAUUGUCACAGUCGACCUGGAGGAAAUCACCAAACCUACUUUCAAUUUAGUCAUUACUGCUAUUGUUGAUGCCACCUUGUGUGAUUUUUAUGACAUUUUGUUUCCUUUGAGAUAAGUUGGAUCUGUGAUUAUAUACGUAGAUGAAAUCCUAAAGGAAAGGGGAGGUCAUGCAAAAAGACUGCAUUAACUUCGAAGCAUCUAUCGCUCUCGUGUUGGUAAAAGAAAUCAUACAGUACUAAAGAAUCACUGUUGUUUCGUUUCCUUGAACAACAGUGUUUUGUGUGUAACAACAAUUACUAACAUUAUAGAGUAACUUCCUUUUCUGUGUCAGUGAAUAAAAUUCAACACAAAAUUUACACCAGAGGGACUUUUAUCUCAUAAAACAAAUGCUAAUUAUGGGAAUCAUGUUUUUGAUCACAGACGCCUUCUUCAAGGACACUCAGAAUGAGUUUUUGUUUCUGAAACAUCACACGGCUUCAUGUCAGCUUGUGUUAAAAAUGCUCAAUUUGUGUUAUUAAAUAAAACAACUACAUUUGUUAUAGCUUUUUUUUUUUCCACUUUCACUCACUGGCACCAUUUUAACUUCUCAUGAAGAAGGAGACCUCAUUUUAGAGUCACCUUCACUGUAUUUUAUGCGUCCUAAAUCAGAAAGGCAUUUUAAACAUACUGCUUGUUUUGUCUUAACUCUUACAAUAAAACAUCGAGAAAUGAUGGGCCCAAAGUCGACCAUACAAACUUCGGUGAUUGAUUGUUGCUCCUAGGCCUUCUUAGACCCACUAUUACAUUUUUCUGAUAGUUAAUUGUAGUAACAGCUAUUUUGCACAUUUACAGUGCCUAAUAACUGUUUGGUGAGUAAAUUUACAGACUGACCAACUAUUCUAGAAAAUAAUCAUAUUAAAUAAAGCUUACUAAAACAAUGGCAACAGUGGCUAGAGUCCAACAAGUUUACAUGUGGGGCCUAACUGAUUUUACAUAACUUUUAAUUUUCUAUAACUAUUAUAUUUUCUCUAACUUAUAAUGUUGAAAACCCUUCAAAGGCCCUUUUUAUUGCAUCAUGUGAAGAUUAUUCCUCCUCUUGUUGACAAGCUAGGUUGAGAUUGGCAGGAUUUACUGCAGGCAGAACUUGUCAUAACCUCAGAAAUAACAAAGCCACCAUCUUAGAGGGAUGAAAAGAUCAUUUUAUUGCUGGAUUAUUGAUCACAAAGCUUUAAGUACAUUGUUUUCAACAUAGAGAUGGAACAUUCUGAUGCGCUGACUCUGAGGAACUUUUAGUUUAUGUCAAUUUUGGCGCCCCGUGUGGACGAGGUAGUCUUGGCAUAUCUUGUCCUUGUGUCUUCUGACAAAAAAAUCUCAUCCCUCAAACUUCUGAUGGUGAGAUGUAUCAUUUUGAUAGAAAUUGUAAAAUCAGGGCUUCUUCUUCUUCUACCCCCUGCACUGAUUGAACACUUUCAAAUUGAAUUGUAAUUAUUGUGAAUCUUGUCUCUGAUUGUCUUGUUUGUUUUUGCACAUUAUUAAAAAGAAUCAAUAUGGAUUUCGAUCUAUUUCAUAAACACAAAAAAAACCCUUUAAUUUAACCUUUAAUAUUCCUUCAUAAAACAAAAUGGCAGGUUUUCCUAAUGUGUUGUCAAAUAAUUAAUUAAUAAAUAAUGUCAAUAGAACAGAAUUAGAAUUACAUUUCUUUUUUAAAUACCUACAUCCUCUCGAAGGGUCUGGAAAGGCCUGAUGGUUCAGCUCUGUUAAUCUAAUACCCAAAUAGUACAAGGUUGACAUCACUAAAUGACAUUUUGAGCUGUAGGGGGUUAAUUGAUACUAAUUGCAUUUCAUCAGCCAAGAAGAAAUGUCAGUGUAACUGCAGAACAAAAACUAUUAUUCGACUUCAGACUUACUGUUCACAAAGAGCUGAAAGAGCUGAAAUUAUCUCGUUUCUUCCUGCAGGGGUAUGUGAGCAGAGUGGUGAUCUGAGUCUGUGCCGGCUCGUCGAUGCUGCUCUCCCUCCAUCCUCAUCUCCUCCUGCUGCAGAGACUACACAGCAGGCCUGCCCAACACAACAGAGGACCACACCUGCAUCACCAACACUUCCCCUUCCUCUCAACACUGACUCCUCUUUGGGCCUGACAGCGGCCCCCUGUCCUCCUACUGAUGACGCUCCAACUGUAGCCCCCCAACUUAACCACACCCCCACCCCCACACCACAUCCCACUCAAGCUGUCGGCUCCUGGGGCCCAAAAGAGGACACCCAGAAGAGUCCCCUUCUGCUGCCUGUUGCCCUCCCUCUGUCAACUACACUGAUGGAGCCUGGCACCGCGUCUGCCCUGACUGAGGAGUGUCUUCUUCAGCCUGCACGUACCUGCCUCGGCUGCUUCAUCGAGACCCGGGAUGCUGCCGAUUCUAAUUCCAUCCAGAACCCACCUCACGACCCCAGCACCACCACUGACACAGAGACCGCACUAAAUGCAAGGAUAGGAGAUGUGAGCCGAGAAGACUUCACUGACAUCAACAAUAUCAGCAUCCAGUGCCUGAGCCAUGCGGGGGAGGUGGUGAGUCAUUAUGGAGAACAGCUCCUCUCUGACCAGCUACUUAGCUUUCCACUGCCGAAAGCCUCAGGUGAGGGCAAGAGAGUGGAUGGAAACAAAACAACAGAGGACUGUGAUGACCCGGAGGAUGAUGCAACAGCUAAGAACCUGUACGAGGGACUGUUAUUGGAUAAAGUGAGUGGAGAGGAGGUUCUACUAGCUAAUGCUGGCCAGGACUGGGGCUACUUUGAAUCCUUCAUCAGCGAGAGUAAAAUGGAACUGCUGGAUCUUUGUUCUAAGAACGAACUGUCCGUCAAUCUCUUCUCCGAGGAAGACGUUGACAAUCUCUUUGACGAUGAAGAUGAUGACUCGACCUUAAGUAGUGAUGUCUGUUCACUUAAAAUCCGUUACGAGUCUUUCCAGGACAACAUGAGGGAGAAAACAAAUGUGCUCCAGGAGGAGACACAAUUCAACUUCUUCCCCAGCGUCCUGGCCAACUGUGCCAAGAAAGAGGAAGGAGUGGGGGUCUUGAGGAGAAGUGCUGAAGAGCUCCAGCCCAAAACUGAUGAGCUUAUACUAGAGACAGGACAGGAAGGAAAGACCGGGGACUGCAGUGGUAGGAGCCCUCUUGAUGGCUCCCAAGGGUCCCCCAUGUCCACACCCAAAGUAAACUACCUUAUGGACUUUAAUUCAACGGAGGAGUCAGGGGAAUUCAGUGAUGACAGCUCCUGCACUGGCUCCUCUUCAGACACCCUGCAGGAGGGCAAAUUUAAGAAGAGCCACUCUAAGAGAUUGCUCAGCCCCUCUAACCCUCUGAACUAUGGUCUGCGAUCCAAGAGAAAGGUACGGUACAGUGACGAUUACCUUUACGAUGUUGAUUCACUUGAAAGCGAGAAAAAUGCAGAGAAAAAAGAGAAAGCUCCUUCUGGUCAAAAAGAGGAAGAGGACGUGGACUGGUGUCCCAAAAAACGCCGGAAAUCAUGUCGGAAAGAGCCCCCAGUUGUCAUCAAGUACAUCAUCAUCAACAGGUUUAAAGGAGAGAGGCUCAUGUCAGUUAAACUGGGCAAGUUGGAUCCUGUGGAUGCUACUGUGAGCUUAAACACUGACACAGUAAGCAAAUAUGAGGCUCUGGCUCCUCUGAAGGAUUUCUGGCAGGAGAGGCAAAGAGAGAGACAGGAACAGCUUAAGCUGGCUGCCAGAGAUAAACAACAACGUGGCGUUCAUCUAAACGGUCGCCACCAUCGCCCUUUUAACUCUAGUCAUCCAAAAAGGAAAUACAAGAUUGCAAACAGGCUUAAGGUUCAGAGGAUUCACACUGUGGAGCAAUCAGCAACAGCACAGGGCUUCCCUCUCUCUGAUCAGGGCCAGAGAGGUGUCAGUAAAGAAGAGGCCACCCCCAUGGUAGCAGGAAUAACAGCAGCCCCAGGCCUCCCAGUGACAUUAGACACAAACUCCAUCCUGCACACAGUCACGGCCAAAAGCCGCUCCCAGGAGAGGGCGGAGAGGGAGGGGAGGAGAUUGGGAGGAAAUAAAACAGUAAGGAUAAGGAAAUUUAAAAGCGAAGCCAGGCUGAGGAGCAAGAAAAUGAAAGAGGCAGAAGGAGAGGAGGGGAGGAGCGUGACAAAUGAAACGGAUGCCUGUGUCGCUGCGGCACAGAUUGAGACCCUUACUGCUGGGUUAGAAGAGGCAGGCAUUAGCUCAGCCACAGUCAAACCCCAUUUCCCAGACAAUAGCACCACAGCUCACACAUCUGAGGAGAAAUUCCCCUUUGUUUCGUCCAACUGUUCUCCUGAAAAAGCACCCUCCUCAGAGGAGGUAGAGGCGGGUGUCCCUGUCAUCCCAGGGGGCUACCUGCAAACCCUGUUAGAUGCUACAGACUCCUCCAAUGGAGCAACUAUCCCUUAUUUCCCCCAGCAGCCCUCUAGGCAGCAGUAUCCUCUGGGGCUUUCCCUAGAGGAGAAACAGUUUUCGUCUUUGCAGCUUGCUCAGAGCUGUGUCCUCUCCCCUCCCUCUGAGUCGGAGCUCCAACAGUCUCCCCAGAACUGCCCCAGCUUUCCCCAGAUGUGGCACCCACAGCUCUGCCCAAGUCACAGCCAGAGCUUUGGGCCUGAGACCCCUGAGACUCCCAUUUUACCCAACAACUUCCCAGCUACUGUGCCCCUGAAUGACAACAUGCCAGUGUCUAACUACAGCCAGCUGAGCCCCGAGGCUGACAGGCUGCUUUAUGAGAAGAGCUACCUGACUGAGACUGGGCUGCAGCCUGGGGCAGAUCUGCAAGUGUGUCAGCCUGCAUGUGUGGAGGGCCAGGUGCAAUACCAGAGAGGGUCCCUGUGCACAGACAAUGGCAGGCUCAUCAGCUAUGACUCAGUGGGUUCUCUGUCAGCCUCCUCUAGCAAUUACAGCUCCCUCAGCCUCAAGUCUUGUGAGCGAGAGGGUGAGGAGGAGGGCCGGGACAGCUUCUUAGCUCAUUGCAGCCCUAAAGUGGUGAUUCAGCAGAGUGUGGAUGCCCUUACCCCACUGAGGGAGUCCUCAGACCUGCUGGAUAUUUCCAACUUCACCCCCGACAAAUUUAGGCACUCAUCACUGUCAGAGCUUUCCCCUCCUGAAACCCCCAACCUGUCCCCGCAGGUGGUGGGACGUGAGAUGAAGAUGGCGGGCAAUGUUGGAGAAUACCAGGAUGUUAAUGAUAUGACUAUGGACUGUAAUAGGGAGGCAAAGUGGAACUGUGAUGUUAGGCAGCAACAAGAGCACACAGCAAAUACAUACACAGUGGAAGACAGCCAGUUCCCGCUGCACAACUUCAACAAUCAGGAUGUGUUGACUUUAGAUAAGAAGGAACUGGAAGCUACAGAAUUUGAUGAACAGACUGGUGAGAUGUUGACUGGUGCAAAAAGCAUAAAGUCAAAGAGGAAAGGCAACUGCAAACAGACAGCUGUAGGACAGAGCCCAAAGAAAGUCCGGGCUCCCAGAGCUCCUAAGUCAGAAAAGGUCAAGACCCCCAAACAGAACUCACGCUCCACCAAAAAGAUAAAGGCCAUGUUGGAGGGUAAGGCUGCAAAGAAUCAGGCAGGUGGUUGUGGCACUGGCUUGACUGACAGUAGUAGCACUGGGGACUGGUCUGGCACCGGCUGGUCGGAGAGCAACAGCCUGGUUGGGGACGACCAGAGAGAAUUUGAAGAGCCCUCCAAUAUUCUGUCCAACAUUGUCUCCGGCAUGGCUGAAGUCCAAAGGUUCAUGAUGGCAUCCAUUGAGCCACUGUGGAAUCCAAUGUCUGAGGCCUGCAUGCCCUCCGAGGCCAAUAGUCUCAACCUAAAGACCCUUAAAAUCUUGGCAGGCACAGAGGCAGACCUGAAGAAAAAAGGAGCCAUGCUCACAGGGGCUGGGAGAGGCAGAAAGGCAGGGGGGAAAGGAGGGAAAAACCAGGCCAAAUUUAACCCCUCCCAUCCCUUAUUCCCCCAACUAGCUCUGGGCUGUAACAUGUUUGAUAAACCCAACUUUAUUAACCCUGGCCCUGCGCACAAAAAGCUGUACCGCCACAAGACCAGUGCAAAGUUCCCUCGGAUUGAGACACUGAAGGGGAAGCGAGCUGAGAGGGACCCAAAUAAGGACAUAGCACUGAUGACCUCUUUUGAGAAACUGAGGUAAUAUUUUGUUAUCAGCUGCUGUUGCACCCCCUUCUCACUAUUCCCCACUACCUGCUCAGCCCCCCCUCCCAAGCAUACCUACACUGACGCUAUGCCAGAGCUGCAUGAGUACUUCGUUCCCCCUGACUACUCCCACUUCCUUUUAACCCCACUGCCCUGAGGAGGAAAUUAAUAUCUGCAUGAAAAACUUCUUGUACUUUGCAAACUACCUAUUGAGUGAUUGUGUCAAGCUUGAUUGAGAUUUGAAACGACCAUGGCUGCAUUUUUCUUGCUUUUGUUGUUUCUGCCUUGUUUGUUCUUAUAGUCGGUUUGUUUUACUUUUGUCUGAAAAAAAAAAAAGAUUAAGCCUUGAAAAAAGUUCUGUCGCCUUUUUGAGGAACUUUGUUUUUGUAUUUUCUCAGCAGAACUAGCUCCCCAGAAUUAUGUAUUUAUUCCCCUUUUCCUAAAGAUGUAGCUAUAUACACAAAAGCAUUGAGUGACAUCUACGCAUCCUUCCUCCUCAUCUGUUUUUGUAUGCAGAAUAUGGAUGUCCUGUUGUUGCUGUCCGUCAUACACUGCCUGGCUCAUUUCAAGAGGGAAACCGACUAUUAAUGAGCCCUAUUUAAGCUCAAGACAUCUUGAACACAAGAUGGGACCAUUUUGUAUUGAUGACAUAUCAGACGUUGUCUUUUCCCCCCUCAAAGUUGGAAUGACUGCCCAUUUCCUUUUAUCAAGCAUUUCUUUUUCUUCUGGAGUCAAGAAGAACUGGUUAUCUAAAUUUACAUUUUUACGCCUUGCAAAUUCAUAAAAGCUCCACCCUCAGAGUAUUUUUGUCAAUGUUGUUGUACAGGGACAUGCAAUAUUUGCAAAAAAAAAAAGAUGAUUAUAAUCUUAAAAUCAAUGUGCCAAAAGUAACAAUGCUGUGUAAAUGACCUCUUAUAUAUGUGUGAAUAUUGGCUGUUCCUCUUUUCUAUCCAUUGGAGUAUUGGCUGCUCGGGUUUGAGACUCCUCACAGAGACUUGCCACCACAGGAAAUCUUUAUUUGGGACUUUUCUCUCUUCUCUGAUGAAAGGCACCAACAGCUGGCAGUGGUACACCACCACUCACUAAACCAAAUCAGAAAGACUCUGAAUUCUCCUUGUUUCCCCAACUUUGUUUGCCAAAUUCAAUUUACCUCAACAUCGCCUGGCACUGAGAAGCAACAGAAGAGAGGCAAAGGGGAGAUCUGCUCUGAAGGCUACAGUAGAGGAAGAAGAUAAAAAAGAGGUUCAAAAGAGCUAUCUCUGGACCAAGGAGAGGGUAGGACAGAUGUUUUAGGGUAAGCAAGGAUUUAUUUUUCAGUCGGGGCUGUGCCUCACUGAAUAGCUGUUUUGUACUGAGUAUUCAAGGCAGUUUAUUACUCACAGAGAUUCUGAUGCACGCAUCAGCCGUGAAUAGACAGGACAAUUUUGCAGUUAGACUAAAUGUGAAUGUGAAAGCAGUUUUCAAAUCAAAUUAAUAAUCUUGUAAUUGAAGGAAAGCAUGUCUUUGCAUUAGCUCCACUUGGGAAUCUUACUUCUAUGUUACCUGAUAUGGUAAUUGAAACAGUAAUUUUUCUUGACAUUGUCAUGCAGUUUAUUUCCAAAUAUCGCCAUCUUUUUAAGUUGCACCGCUGGUGUAUUUGGUUCCAGAUUAUUUUGGUACUUUUUUUUACACUACGCCAUGAUUCUUUUUUUUUUUUUUCUUAAGCCACUUUCAUCCAUACAAUGACUUUAAUCAUCAAUUCUGUUUUGAUGGGUUAGUAUUUGGUCAGAAAGUCAGCUUCAAAUCAAGGCCAGGCAAAGGCACAAUUUAAAAGAAAGUAAUGGUGCUAUUUAAACCUGGGGCUACUGAAAUCAGCUACUUUGGGCUUGUUCACUGCCUCAUUAUCUUUAAAAGAAUCCGCCUGAAAGUGAAUCAUACAAUCAAGUUUGAUAUACCCUUAAAUGUUUUAAAAAUAUAUACUAAAUGGAUUUAAGAAGAAACAUUGAACCCCUUCAAAUGGCUAAAAAUAUGUAUCUAAUGGUUUAAACCCCAAACAAUAGGCCUAUGUUUUGAACAUUUAGUGUAAUUUUAAACACAGCAGUAAUUACAUGAGAUUACACAAAGAUGUGUGGACAAAUAGAAGCUUCAUGUAAAAACAGGCCUUGUCGCACUGGAUAUGGUAAUUCUGACGCACAGGUGACGGUAAUUGAUUGCUUGCAUAUGGCAAGAAUCAUAAUCAAUCUUUCUCUCUUUUGUUUUUUCUCUCCUCUCUGCCAUGAUCCUUUGUUUCUUUUCUCCAGUGUAUCAGGGUUAGGACCAAGACAAGCUGCUGAUGGGAAGCUCCACAUGGGCUGCAAGCCUAUUAAGUCUGCCUUCUCUCAUUUCUGCCUAUUGUCAAAUUGAAUGUACUUCUCUGAGUUCAGUUUCUAUUUUAUUUUCCUCUUUUUUUUUGUUUCUAAAAUGUGCCACUGUUGAGCUGCCUCAUGUUAAUGGUGCUAAGAAAGCCGACAAUUGUUUCUUCUUUCUGUUUGUUUUCUUUCCCAGAUUUAAUGAAAAAAAAAGAAAUGCAAAAUAGAUUAGGUACCUAACCCUCUUUAUGAAUGUAUAUUAUAAUGUUCUGUUUGAUGUAUUCACUUCAUGAUUCUUUGACAUUGAUUGGAAUUACUUUUGCUCUUUUCAUUAAAAGAUUACCGAGCUUUAUAUAUACUGUCUAGAGUUGUUACCAGAAGGAAUCUUAAUGAACUCUUGACACUACAAAAUCUUGUAUAUUUUUUGUGUGCCAAUUUGUAACAUAUUUUGUAAGUGUAUAUUUUUCUUAGAAAGUGCUGUGAAGUAUUUGUGUGUGUGAGUAACCUUUUAUGCGCCUCUGUGGGCAGUGGAAAGGAUAUACAAUGACAAGUUUCUGGUUUUAAAAACCAAAAUAUGAAAGUAUCAACAGAAAACUAGAAAUAUUUACAUUUUGUUGGAAGUUUUGUAAUAAGACCAUGAUCUUGUUGUGAGAGUGUUGUGUUACUGUGCAAAACACAAAUAAGCAAAGAAAAAAAUGAAAACUUGGAAAAAAUAUAAUUUGUGAACAAUUUGCUGUUUUAUAGAUUUUCAUGUAAAUUAUUUGAGUAUUAUUUUGUUUUUUGUUUUGUUGUAACUGUUGCAAAGGUUUUAAAUAUUUGUGAUCAAGCCUGUACGGUGAUAAUGUAAUAUUGGUAACUUGCUGAGUUUUGUAAUAAUGUUUAUGGAGUAAAUAUACAAAUUAAAAUAAGAUUUUGAAUGCUGCUUUCUGAAGAGAGUUGGGCUGUGUUUUUUACCCCCACUAUUUGGGGCACUUUUGGUUUUCUUUACAGCAAAAUACUCAAAUUUAAACAAAAAAGGAUGCAUUUUUCACCUUCUUUUAUAUGUUCUUGUUCAGUUUAAAAUAAUAAUAAUGCAGUCUUCAGAAAACACAAAACAUUACAAAA